AUGAAUAAUCAAGAGGUUGUGGCUGUGCUAGAAGAGUGCAAGCAAAAGCUUGAAUCGCUUGAUUCAGAGGUGUCAAAGCCGUCUGAGGAAGAGAAGAAUGACCACCAGUGGUGCAAAGGUGAGAACCUUAUGUGAGGCACAGGACUGCCAGCAGGUUCCUUCUCAGCUUCUGCGUCCCAAUCGCAUGUCCUUGUCCCUGCUCUAUUUUUCUUCUUUUGGCAGGCGAGAGCGAGUGAGCUGUUGGGUUUUGAGGUAUGAAUGGGAUCUGGUCUGUAGGCAAUGAAGGAAGCUCACUUUGUUGUGAGUGAAUUGCUGUCACUUUUAAUUUUCAGGCCCCAGUAAACCCAGGCAGAGUAGCAUUUAUUCUUGCAAGCAGAACAAUGAGCAAAAGUUUGACGGCAGGUGACAUACUUUUUGAAUAUCAGAAAAGAUGGAGAAUAGGCUAUUAACGCAGUCUGUUAUGUAUGAAUCUGUUUAUCCAUCAAUGGGUUAAGAAUUUCAAUUUAAUGACUCUACUUGCUAAUUUGUUUUUGCAUGAGUUAUUCCAAACAGUUGCUGAUAACAAUAUAUAUUUUUUUUUUAUUCUAAGAAUUAAACAAACCAGAAAUGAAUAGAAAAUCACUCCUAAUGAUAUUAGUAGUAGCUUUUGGCCUUUUGUAAUUUCCUGCUAAUGAUGUUAGAGUAUCAAGGGAAAUACACUAUUUAUGAUCAAUUAAGACUUGUGUGCAUUAAUAUUUUUAUUUUAAGGUGCCAAUUAAAAAAAAUAGAAGAUCAGUUAGACUUUAUGAUAUAAAGCAUUACUAGUAAGACCACUAAAUGUACACCAAUAUUCGACAGUAGAACUUUGCAAUGUUCGUAAGGCACUCAAUACAAAACUAUGAAUGGUGCCAGUUUGAAUCCUAUACGAAGAAAAAAAAAUCAUUUUGUAGAUAUAAAACGGCAUAACUACUUAAUUUAAAUACUUAAAAGCAUUUUUUAAAUAACCAUUAGUAAUAUUAUUUAUUCUACAUAUUGCAAAUAGUUUUUUAUGGAUACUCGUGUGAACCAACCCUCCAUAUCCUGCUUUCUGCACUUAUUGUUAAGUGGAUUGCAAAGUUUUAAAAAGAGCAGGCAGUCAGGAAUAGGUCAGGUAAGAAAAGUAUAGUCUUGGAAAAUUAGACUGGACUUGUGAGUACACAGAUGAUUUUAACGUCUUAGGAAUGGCAUAGUAUUCAGUGAUGUCACACGCCAUGGAAGAUCAUGGUGCUGUAUUGUGUACAAGGCCACAUCCCUGCUGGCAACAGAGAGAUCAAAGAAUCAUUUGACAGCGCCUUUCCCUCUCCUUUUUGUACCUUGCAGGGGGGAUUGACAUGCUGGACACUGGUGGUCAGAGCCGGACUGGGAAAAAAAUUGGUCCCGGGCAUUUUUUAAUUACAGCGGCCUACUAAAAAGGGGGCCGGGCCACAUAGGGUGUGUUUUGUCAUCACCAAUGACAAGCACGCCCCAUCACAAAGUGAGCAUGGUUCAAUGCUCUUCCAGGGCACACCAUGCGCAGAGCUCUGCUGAAGAGCUCUAGCAUGAGAAAAAGACCCUUUAUCUGUUCUGAAAGACCCUUUAUCUGUUCUGCACAGCGCAAGCAAAUUUAAUAACAUGCUUGCACUGUGUUUGCUUGAAAUUUGUCUCUGGUGUCUCCGUAGAUGGGAUAUCAGGAGACAAAAAUGCCAGGAAAGAGUAUUGUGCAGUGUGUGUGCAAGAGGGGUGUAGUGUGUGUGUGAAGGGUGUAGUGUGUGUUGUGCAUGAGUGAUAGGUGCUGUGUUUGCGUGAGGGUGCUAUGUAGGUAAGGGUGCUGUGUAUAUGAGGGGUGCAGUGUCUUUGUAUGCUGUGUUUGUGUGAUGGGUGCUGUAUUUGUGUGAGGGUGCUAUGUGUGUGUGUGUGAGUAAGGGUGCUGUGAGUGUCAGGGGUGCUGUGUGUAUUAGGGGUGUAGUGUGUGUGCAAGAGGAGUGCAGUGUGUGUGUGUGAGGGUGCUGUGUGUGAGGGGUGCAGUGUGUGUGUGCUGUGUCUGAGUGCUGGGUGCUGUGUUGGGUGAGGGUGCUUUGAGUGCCAGGUGUGCUGUGAGUGUCAGGGAUGGUGUGUGUGUGUGUGUGAGAGGGUGCUGUGAGUGUCAAGGGUGCAGUGGGUGUGUUUGUGAGUGAGGAUGCUGUGAGUGUCGGGGUGCAGUGUGUGUGUGUUUGUGAGUGAGGAUAUUGUGAUUGUCAGAGGUGCAGUAUGUGUGUGUGAGUGAGGGUGAUGUGAGUGUCAUGGGUGCAGUGUGUGUGUGUGUGUGUGAGUGAUUAUAUCUCUUCUUACCUUUAGCCUGGGAGGGUGGAUUGUGCUGGUGGUGCUAGUGGUGAGUGAACCUGUGGUGCUAGAGUUCACUCUCCAUGGCAACGUUCCGGGUCUUGCAAGAGGAACUCGGCGGAGCUGCAAGUUAGAGCUCCUCCGGGUUCCUCUCCUGUCUCCCUCCCUCUCUCCCCCGCCGGUGGGGCGGUGAGGGAGAUCUUUGAUUUCCCCACCGGACCGUCAUGGAACACAGCGGGGCCGGCGCUCGAAUAGUGCCAGCCCUGCAUAGACCGGCAGGGGGAUUCCCUGCCAGCCUCGGCCCAUGGCCACCGUGGUGUGCCCGAUGGCCAGUCCGGGCAUGCUGAUGGUCCAGUGUGCGGGAUAUCCAGGGUUAGACAUUACAAUCUCUUGUGGUCCUGUGUGCUGGUAAUACCAGUUGGGAAAUCUUGCAGUCUCUGGUCUGCAACUCUGCCGGGUGCAGACCACAUAACCAUUUCAGCAUGCGGUAGUUCUUAUUGUGCCAAGAGUGUCCACACACAGAGACACACAAAAUUGGCUAUUCUUGAUUCUGAAAUAAUAUUAAACCUAAAAAUGACAUAUCCACACACUUUACUACCCAGACACACAUAGACACACUAAUAAUGCAGACAUACCAUACACACACACUAAAAUUACAAAUAUAAAAAUGGUUAUUUUUUUAGAGAGAAAAAAAAUCACUGUUAUGUUGACGUUAAGCAAAUAAAAUGUAUCUGUUCUCUCUCAUUCCAUUCUCAGAUUGCCUGUCUAAAACUCCUGCAAUAAAUCAUCCUGUCUUUCUCUCCAUGCUGUUACUGCUGUUCUUACCCUGCCCCUUCUCCCUCCUUCCUCUUGCAGACUUUGCUUUCCCUUAGGCUGAAGCAGGAGAGACACCCUAAGGAGCGUUUCCCUGAUAAGACAUGCCGAGAACAGCCUUCUUAUAUCUGUGCUGAUUGGCACAGACUGAAUUGACUGACAGGAGGCAGGAAGGGGUGUUUUUUAAUCUUUGUUUUAGAGAAAUCUAGACAUUUGCUAGUGACAUGGAUAGCAUAAUGCAUAGAUUUAAAAAAAAUCUAUAAUUUAAGAUUAAGUUGUUUUUGUUAUAAAAGGUCAUCUUUAAGCCCCAGGUGUUUCUAUCAUCUAGCCAUGAUGGCCAGGGCAGAAAAGUGGCAAUUUUAAUUUGCAGGGGUUAAAUUUCACCUACAGCAAGAGGAUAUUUUGACCAGUGCAUGUAUCUAUCUAUCUAUUUAAAAAUACAGCAAAUUUUGCACUCAUAUUCUUUCCCAGUGUUGUACUUUUCCCAAAGUGCCACUGUCACUGGCCUAAUCCACAGCAAACUUGAAAGAGAGCACUUGGGAGUAAUCACAACUAAUCUUCAGUAUGAGUAGUGCAACCACCGGAGCAAAGGACAGAGGACAAUAAGAAAAAAAGUUAAAUCUAUAAGAUAAAUGUAAAAUAAAUAUUAACUGCUCCUGAAUGCCUGUUACUAGGAAUUGUGCACUACAUGAAAUAAUGGAGCAAAAAAAGGCAGGUUUGCAACAUAGUAUUUUUUUCUACGUAGUAUAAUAAGCAUUGUGAAAGCACAAUAUUAAUGAGAGAUCUAGGUGCAAUUUAUAAGCAUAAUAGCAAUCUAGUGGGUUAGCAAUUUGUAUCCCAAGUUAUAACUUUACUAUUAAAAAGUGCUACAAAUACCCAUAAUUAUACAUAGCAUGUCUAUACGUGUCUCAGGCCGAGAACAAAUCAGUAAUCUCUCGCAAUCAUACUUAAAGGACCACUAUAGUGCCAGGAAAACAAACUCGUUUUCCUGGCGCUAUAGUAUUAAUAGGUCCCCCCACCUUCAUGGCCCCCUCCCGCCAGGCUGAAGGGAGAGGAAGGGGUUAAAUCACUUACCUUUCUCCAGCGCCAGGCUCCCUCGGCACUGGGGACUCUCCUCCUCCUUCGGACGUCAUCGGCUGAAUGCGCAUGCGCGGCAAGAACCGUGCGCGCUUUCAGUCAGUUCAUAGGAAAGCAUUCUCAAUGCCUUCCUAUGGACGCUGGCGUCUUCUCACUGUGAAAAUCACAGUGAGAAGCGCCUCUAGCAGCUGUCAAUGAGACAGCCACUAGAGGCUGGAUUAACCCGUAUGUAACUCUGAAACUGCUAUGUUUACAGCAGGCAGGGUCAACCCUAGAUGGACCUGGCACCCAUUAAGCUGAAGUGGUCUGGGUGCCUAUAGUGGUCCUUUAACUACUGUACCAGUAGUAAGCAGUGUAGUGUUUUUUUGUUUUGUUUUUGUUGAGUCCCUGGGAAGACAGGGUAUCGAAGGUAAAAAUCCAUAUAUGAGGCCCUAGUCUUGGUUGUGGUUGAACCAUUGUACAGCGCUAUGGAAUUUGCUGGCGCUAUAUAAAUAAAAAAGUAUUAAUAAUAAUAUGGUUACUUGUCAGUCGUCGAUCUCAGGUUGAGGUGCAUGUUGUCAUUGACCUCUGUUUUAUAUAUUUCCUUACACCUUUGUCAUCAGGACUUACUUGGAAACCAGAAUAAUCUGAAUGUACCUUUCCUGGUUAAAUACUUUGUUAUUAUUAUUAUUUAUAUGCUGAUUCUGUUUGAUAGCUUGGUUCAUGAUAAAAGUCUGAAUCGGACUUUGUUUAUAUGGACUGAAACAUCGAUUUCUUAGUCUAAAGCGUGGGGGGGAAAAGCAGUGGAAACAAUCUAAUUUAGAGUUCAAGUGCUCUCCUUAAAGUUUGAUAUAGAUAUAUAUAUAUAUGUAUAUAUAUAUAUAUAAAAUCUCAUACAAUAUUUUUGUCAGGUUACAUUGGGUGGUCUGUUUGUAGAGUGCAUUGGGAUAAGAGAAUUCUACAGACAAUGAAUGCCAUAAUGAACAAAGAAUACAUCAUUUCUUAAAGCCUAUUUUAAUUUGCCAACCACUGAAUAAGAUAGUACUUGUGCUUCAACCUGGAAUAUACGAAUUUCAACAGGUUAGUUCCAGAUAAGGUGAAUCCAUAAUCGCAAGAUUAGACACAGUUAUUCAGGUGAAAAGCUUUAGAAUGGUAGAAAUGAUCAGAGAAAAGGAUUAGUGAUUGCCUUCAAGAGAGCGAAGGGAACAGCAAGUCUGUGAAAAUUGUAUUAAGUGAUUCAGUAAUAGCAUUCACUAAUUCAGACUUUAACGUUUAAAUAUAAAAACAAUCCUGUGCAGACAUUCAUUAAAUCGAAUGAAUACAAAUAACUAACCUUGACAUUUUAAAAUUAAAAAUGUAGAUCCAACAUACAACUAUAUGUUCCAGGGUUCAAUAUAACUUCCCAAUAAAGUUUUUAACAAUGUUUCCUGGGUCUACAUAUCCUCAGUAAAAAUAUGUACGCUGCUCCAAUUUUCGCUUUGAAGAGUUCUUUAUUAUCGCACCAUUCCUAUUUUAUUGUAUUUUCAUCCCUUCGCUUGUAAACGAAAUAUAAUUUUUAUUAGAGUGAUGUAACUCGAUUUAAGCGUAGUAGUAACAAUAUUUAACCAAAAGGUACAAUACAGCAUAUGAAGAGCUGUUAUCAUGUAGUAUACAUGCCAUCGUUCCCUUAAUUGUCAUUACACUGCACUCCUGCUUACCGUGUUCCAAUAUUUUUGACAGAUUAUGAAGAAAUUAAGUGUUUUUAUUUUGAUGUCUUAAACAGAGGAGGUGGUCUUAAUGCACUCUUUUAUUUGUUAUAUAGAUUAAAAAAGGUUAGAAAAACAGAGAGGCUGCAUUUAAAAGGGGCAGAAAGUGUUCUGUUCUAAAAAGUGGUGCAAAAAUAAAAAAAUAUAUAUAUUUUACCCCACUUUUUCAGGGUUAUUUACUGAACAGCAGAUUUUGUACCCUCAAACCAAUCUGCAGCAAUCACCCGGAUGCAUUUUGUGUAUGGAUUAAAAUCCAUGCUUUCGCAUUCAAGUUUUAUAUAAAGUAUGGGAUUCAGAAAAUUCAUAGAGCACUGAUUUGAACACAAUUUUAAAAAGCAAAGAAACAAAUGCAUCCGGCAUUUCACUUGAUUUUUUUGCAACUGAAUGGGAAUUUUAAGUAUUACUUGCCCGCUGGCAGUGCCAACAUCUAGCAAGGAAAUCUGUAAAAAAAAAAAUAUAUAUAUAUAUAUAUAUUGGUGGCGCAAGGGUUAAUUUGGUGGUUGCUAGCCAGCACCAACAUUAAAAAAGUAAAAUAAAUAAAUUAAUAAACCCAUAGUUCUAUAACAGAGGUUUACAACCUUCAGCAAUCUCUAUUAUUAAUAAAUGAUUGCUAAGUUGAGUAACAUUUUUUUCUGGGAUAUGGUAUGAGCAAUUCAGCAUUAAAGAAUCUGGUUGAAGCAAACAAUAGCUUAUUUUACAAGCUCUGUUGAAUGCUGAAAAACUGUUUGUCCACUUUAACAGGAUGAUCUGUUAUACAGAUGCCUUUCUAAUCAAUAAUGAAAGAUGCUGGUUUUCAAACUAAUUAGUAGACCCAGUCAGGUUAUACAAUAGGGACAAGAGAUUGACUAUGUAAUAAUGUAUAACCAACGUAUUGACUAGUCUAGAACACAUAAAUGCACAUUAACUAAAAAGAAUUAUGAAAUCCAUAGUUUAUAGUGUUUUAUGAAUAAUUAAUCAAUCCCCGCCAUGUAUAACUAUGAGAGAAGCAUGCCUCUUGCCAUCUUUGUACUGUGGAACAUAAUGCUGAAUUAAUUCUUGUUCAUUACCCGGCACUUUACCAAUUAAGCCAGUCUUUUAUAUAUGCUGAUGACGGAAUUAAUGGCUUGGUUUGGAGAUUCCGCUUCAUGGCACAGAUUUAGGGCAGUUGAGCGUGUUCUUCUAAAGCAGGUGUCUUUUUUUCUUACUAGGCCUUAACGUUCACAUUGUGAUAACGGACUAGUGAAAAAAAGACACAGAGCCUACAAUGCUCCAGCUUUAGUUAGUCACUGGGGACUGAAAACUGAAAAACCUUUUGUUUUUCUCUUCUAUCACCCACCCUCCCAUUUUUAUGACUAAUUCAAUAUUAAUUACCAUUGUCAAACCCAAUUUUCUGCCACUGAUUUCUGUGAAGGUUUGUGAAGUUGCACGUGAAAUCUGUAAAUAACUAUAAAUUAGAAAGCACAGCUAUUUUGCAAUAUGAGUAUGUUUUAUAUAUAAACAAAUAUAAUAACGGUGUCAUCUUUUAUUCAUAUAGUACAUGAUUGAAGAGAAGCUUUAUAAAACAAUAAUACAACUAUUUACAGACACAUGCAUUGUAUUAAUAACUUAAAAAAUUAUUAGCAAUAUUGAAAAAAAAUAAUAAUUUUGCAACAAAAUUCUUAAUGUUCUAGGGAUAUUUUGAGCAUUUACCCUCCUCUUACCCAUUGUUUCCUGAUAAUUCACCACUUAUGAAAUAAGUUUUUUUAAAAAAGCCACAUUUGAGCAACCAAAGUGACAGUCUCCGUCUAUAUGUUCAAGACACAGGUAAUAUAAGUAGACAUAUUUUAAGAUUUAAAACAUUAACACAAAAUAGGUUAUUUAUGUACUAAUGAUUAAUGUCAAUGUUUGUAUGCACUAAUGAUUAAUGUCAAUGCUUGCUAUACGUGACUGGGUGAAUUUGACCUUUCGUUGUUGUUAUUAUUAUUAUUUAUAGAGCGCCAACUUAUUCUGCAGCACUUUACAAUAUUAUGAAACGGAGCAAUUUAACAAUAAAUGAGACAAUCACAAAAUGAUUCAGGAACAAUAGGUUGUGAUGAGGACACUGCUCAAACAACCUUAUACAGUCCUGAGUGAUUAGCUAUUACAGCUAUUGUGUUAUCUCAGAUUUAGACAUUAGAGUCAUAGGCAGUCAACUCAUUCUUUCAUAUUUGAUUUAUAAUCUAAUAAGAUUGAGUAGGGUAAAAUAAAAUCUGUAUUGCUUGACAGUUAAUCUCAAACGCUGGAUAAAUACUUCAAUAUUGUCAUUAUUAUUAUUAUAUUCUAACCUAUCUUUUUGUGUUCUGUAUUGCUUGCGAGCCAGGCACUCUUACAUUGGUUUGGGCAAAUAUAUUUUUAUCAUGACCAUACUGGAAAGCUGUCUCUCACGAAUGAGUAAAUGUAUUAGGCCAUCAAGGCAGAUUUAAAUAAUCUUCUAACCUUAACAAGAGUGGGGUGAUAGUGUGUUGGAGUGGGGCGAUAAAGUGUGGGAGGGGGGUGAUACUGUGAGGAAGGGGAUGAUGGUGUGUGGGAGGGGGUAAUACCGUGAGGGAGGGGGUGAUUCUGUGAGGGAGGAGAUAUACUGUGAGAGAGGUGGGUGAUAAUGUCAGGGAGCGUGGUCAUGGUGUGAAGGAGGGGGUAAUACCGGGAGGGAGAAGGGUAAUACUGUAAGUGGGGAAAUACUGUGAGGGAUAGUGUCAGAGAAGGGGGCUACUGGGGUGGGGGGUGUUAAUGCACGAGGGGGGAUACUUUGAUGGGAGGGUAAUACUGUGUGAUGGAUGCUUGGGGGUUGAUAGUGUGAGGGAGGGUAUGCUGUGAGGGAGGGGGAAUACUGGUAGGGGAAUACUAGGAGGAUAGGGGUGAUAGUGUAGGGAGGGUAUACCUGGGAGGGUGAUGGGUGUGAGGAGGGUAUACUGGGAGGGGGUGAUGGUGUGAGGGAGGGGGUAUAUUGGGAGGAGCUGUGAUAGUGAGAGGAAGGGGGAACCUGGGAGGGGGUGAUGGUGUGAAGGAGGGGGUAUAAUUGGAGGGGGGUCAUAGUGAGGGGGUAUACUGAGAGGGAGUGAUUGUUUUAGAGAGGGGGUAUACUGGGAGGGGGUAAUGGUGUUCAUUGAACUACAUUGACAUGGUUUCAACCCUCUGAAAUAUACAUGCACACACAAAUUAAAUACAACAAACACACACUCCCCACACACAUUACAUACAGCCAACAUAAACCAAACACAUCACUGGGAGUAUCUGUCUGACACUUCAUGUAGGUCUCUGGAUUGACUCUUAUGUAGAGUUGGCGGACACCUGAAUUUUAGUCCGGAGGGUUGGCUGAACUUUGAAAAAGUCGGAGUUGAAGGAUCCGGAACUUGACCCGAACCCAUUGAAGCCACACUAAAAAGUCCGCAAGAAAGGAGGCUAGGGGCUGGAAAAGGAAGUAAAAUAGUGAGUACGAGUAGGACAAGUACUUGCCCUGCAACAAAUGUGGAUAGGAAAUCACUUAAAAUAACAUAAAAAUACGGGGGGGGGGGGCGGGGUCGGACCGCCGACGGGAUGAGACGUAUUCAGUCUGAGCUCCCACUUUAGGGCUGGAAAAUCGGCGCAAACUGGAGGCUAAAACUCCGCAACCACCCGCAACAAAGACCACGAUAAUCCCAAGAUUCUGGGCUAUGAGGGGAUACCUUUCAAGACUCUGCCCGGCACCUACAGUGACUCGACGAAGGCCCGAGGCGUGCAGGAGCUUGAGCCAGGAUGAGACAGCUGCUCUCCCGGGUCUCCCGCCGGCGUCUGGCGUUCCCCCCCCCCUCUCUGGACUGGGGGGUCAUCACGGUCUGCACAAGCAACUACUAUCACGCCAAGCUGGGCCGUAAGCUAACACUCUGCUGCGGCACACCCUCCGGCAGCAUCCCCCAAGAUGGCUGCCGCAUGCCAGCCACAUGUGCGACCUGCCAGCAAGAUGGAGCCUGCUGCAGAGGCAGAGAAGUGGCGGCUUACCACAUUGAGCUGACCAAAGGGAGGCCUGCAUCGCAUAUGCACAGCACAGCUUGUAUCAACACCUCCACGCCACAGCUGCAAAUCGAGGAGCCGCAAAGCUGCACACUCUGCUGAAUACAGAGGGAGCUGAGUCCCGGUCCAGAGGCGCCCCUGCAGAGACAAACACCGCAGGCAAGAAACAAGUCACUGCACUGGGCAUAGGCUAAAGGGACUACCUCUGUGCCUCAUAAGCAGGCAUGCCUCAAUGGGGACAGUCAGCAGUCACUAGUCUUUCCUGUCAGCCCCCAUCCUGAUGGACAGUAUGGGACUUACGUUUACUUUUCUGUUUUUAUCAAACGCACUUAUUAACAAGCGUAAUAGUUCAAGCGUAUCUGUUCUCAAGCAUAAUCGUUACCAAGCCUAUUUGUUACCAAGCAUAUUCAUUAUCGCACGUAUUUGUAACCAAGCAUAUUCAUUAUCGCGCGUAUUUGUUACCAAGCAUAUUCAUUACCACGCCUAUUUCUUACCAAGCAAAUUCAUUAUCAAGCGUAUUCGUCACCAAGCUUAUUCAUCAUCAAGCAUAUUUGUUACCAAGCAUAUUCAUUAUCAAGUGUAUUUGUCACCAAGGAUGUCUAUCAUCAAGCGUAUAUGUUAUCAAUUGUAUGCAUUAUCGAAUCUUACCAUUACAAAAACAAAAUGUGCUGAAUUAUCUAAUGCCCUCUAUUGUUAAACAAUGUACGCUGUUGGAGCAGUGCAAGAGUUUGUGUAACCUUAAAGCACAACAAAAAUAAAGAAUUUAAAAAAAAAUUAAAAAUACAACUGAGCCAUAAAAUGAUUUUAGCUUUGGAAGAACAUAAAUCAAAAUCCUAAAGCAUGGCUGUCAGGAGGAUCAACAAAAUUAUCUAUUUGAGAGAGGGUUGGAGUGCACGGUAUUCUCUUUCAUUGUUCAAACUGAGCUCAGCUCCUGAUGCAUGGAGAAAAGGCCUUCACAAGCCUCUGCUAUUGUUUACAUAGUUUAUACUAAAUGACCCAUAGGUUGAGGAGGCGGUGACCGUGGCGGUGAAGGUGGAAGUGGAGGAGGAGGAGGUAGCCAACACUGCUUUUUAUAUAUAUAUAUAUAUAUAUAUAUAUAUAUAUAUUUUAAUUGGGGUAACCCCCAAAAUAUUGGGACAUAUAAAAAAAGCAAACUCUGUGCCGCAGAGCGACUGACCCGUGUGUACUGCAGCUGAAACUCCACUAUCGCCUGCUGCUGCUCACACAGUCUCAUGAGGCAGUGAGCGGGAAGGCUGAAGUUAUGCGGCAGCGCAGACAAGCGAGCAGCAGCAGGGUGAGAACACCGAUAGCGCACACAGACGGCACUUUUUGCAGCAGCUCUGAUAUAUCUGGGUAGUUUUUCAGGAAUUUCUGCACCACCAAAUUCAGCACAUGCGCCAGGCAAGGGAUGUGUGUCAAACCGGCUAGGCCCAGAGCUGCUACGAGAUUUCGCCCAUUAUCGCACACCACCAGGCCGGGCUUGAGGCUCAGUGGCAACAACCACUCAACGUUCUGUUGUUCCAUGCCCGUCCACAGCUCCUGCGCGGUGUGCGGUUUUUCCCCCAAACAAAUGAAUCUGAAAACAGCCUGCUGUUGUUUCCCCCUUGCUGUGCUGAAGUUGGUGGUGAAGGUGUUACGCUGACCAGAUGAAAAAUUUACUUUUUAAAACUCCAAUGUAACCGCAGUAUUUGACGCUUCUAUUUGACUAUCAGAUAUGAAGUGCACCCCGCUAAUGUACUAGUUUGCAGAAUUCUUUCCUAAUCUGUCCCUCAAAGCGGCAGCAUCCUCUCCCUACACUAAUAAGAGCUCAUGUGCGUGCCGCGCUACGCAACUCCAGCUUAAAUAUAGAGGCUGGGUCACAUGCUGCAUGCUUCAAAAUGCGCAAUUAAAUCGCCAAACACCGAAGUCCAACCCGAACAUACAGUGAUAUGUCCGUGUUCGGGUCUGGGGUCCAAAAAAACGUAAUGUUCGGUACGAACCCGAACUUUACAGUCCGGUUCGCUCAACUCUACUCUUAUGUCUAAUUCACCCUGUGCCCAUUAUAGAUGCAGGGUGUGUAUCGUAAUGUUAGAUGGGGGAUGUUGUGUGUAUCCCCUGUCUGGCUGUGGUGCCUGUACAGUGCCACCUGUUGGUUGCAACAAUUAUGUGCACUACCUGAAUAGCAAGGCUAGUUAAUUUGCAUAUUCAGGUAGAUUUGCAUAUUAUGGUUUAUUCAUACAGGGGACAUAUUUCUUGUUUGUCUUUCUCUCCUCAUUAUAAAUAUUGUGUUGUAUUUUUAUAAGUUCCUGUAUGAUUUCCCAUAUGAUUUUUGUUAUAUGUAUUGGAUUGAGUGUGUCACCAAAAUUUGAAUGUAAUGCGGGUAGUUCCGAGUGUAAAUAAAAUAUUGUGUGGUAGUUCUAUAGGGAACUGUGUGCCCCAUCAGGUUCAUUCAGGGAAUCCAGUAGCAGCAUUUUCGGACCUGCAUGUAACCCGAAGGGGUCAAAACGCUGAUCGGGACUUAUGUAACUUUAUUUUUCAAAUAAAUACACUGAUUAUUAUAAGACCUAUGGGUGCACCUAUUUUGGGACAUUUUGAGGUGUGUGCCAAGUCUUUUGGAAUAAAAAAUAAAUAUAUAUAUAUAUAUAUAUACACACAUUUAUUAUUUUAAAGUGACUCCUUGCAUUUCUUAACAAUAUCAUCAAUUCAGCUUAAUUAAAAUCCAUGAACAGACACUUUUCACAUGUCCUCACUGGGGCAGUGAUCUUAUUCCAAGCUGUUAUCUAUAUCUCAUUGUCUAAUCACAAAGGACUGAACAAAUCCUCAAAGUUAUCUGCACUUGACAAGCUUCAGUGGGCACUUUCCUUGUAACUGUUUAUAUGUUCGGGCUUCAAACCAAACAGAAGCUUGCCCUUUAGCCAAAGGCAAUUUCACUUGGAUUCCUUUGCUGAGUGAAAAUCUCUGUUUAGCAAGCAUAUCCUUCAUCUGCAAUCCAGACUCCCCAUCAGUGUACAGUUUGGGUGGUCUGUUUGCUAGUCUACAGUGGUAAGUGCAAUGGCUAUUUGCAUUUAACUAUGGACUUGUAGGUCAGUGUGGCCAUAAAUAUUCUAUGAACAUCUCAUUAUGCUUUGCUUGGGAAAAAAACAAAUUGUACCUUUUGAAGAUGUCAUGCUGCAUGGAUUGUUAAUGUCCAAGAACUAUCUUUCUCUCUAAGAAGAAUAGAGGUCUAAUGGAAGUCAAGACAUAGACCCUUUCAACUGCACCAUGGUAAUUUGAUGAACCUAUCAAGCUAUUGCCCUUUAUUUAUGGCAAUAACUUUUCAAACUUGUAAGACAAUAGCCGUGAAGUUUAUUGAUAUUUAAAAGGGCUUAAGAAGAUCUUACGAAAUGCACUGCUUUGAGGUAAAGAAUGGACAGAGUCAUGCAUUUUGUUGAGUUUUUCAGGAAUGAUUGUAAUCAGUGAUCUAAACUAAUUGCAAAAUUAGUGAGCAGCCACUUGUUCCAGACAUGGAAUGGACCGUAGAUGUUAGCAUCAACCUGCAGCUAUCUUCUUAAGUGCUGAACAGGGGCCAAAAUGUCUUUAGUAAGUAAAUAUAGCCUUUUUCCUCUACUGAUAAUUUUGAAAAGUUUACUUCCUGAUCACCACUUUCCAUAUGGCAUCUCUCAUGAACAUUACCAUAGUGUUUUACUUCCAUCUAAAACCUUUUUAAUGGUUGACUGAUCUAGUUCUCCUUGGGGGCAGAACAAAAUAGUUCUUCAGCUGACAGACACUCUCUUAUUAUUAGUGUUUUGGUGAAAGCCAACAAUGUGUAACAAUAACAGGAAGGUGUGUGGGAAAUUGACCUACUCAUAUGGGAGGUGCACAGCCGAACAUUGGGAGAUGAAUCAUCUCUUAACUCAGGAGAGAUUUCCUAACAUGCCCUUUGACCUUUUACAGAUUCGCUUCCAGAGGAUCUGACAAACCUGAUUCAGGAGGCAAAGGAAAUGAAGUGGCCCUUUGUGCCAGAGAGGUGGCAGUACAAACAGGCAACAUCCCCAGAAGACAAAACAAACCUACAAGAUAUCAUUAACCCAAGGUUGCGUGACUUACUGGUAUGAAUCACAUCACCUGUUUCCCCUGAGACUAAAAUUAUUGCACUGUUUCUGUAUUUUUUAGUUAAAUGGAAAUUGUGAUCAUUGUCUUCUAAUAAUGUAAACCAAUGUGUUUCGUAAACUACGUGAUUUUGCUACUAAAUUGAGUAACGUGAGUUAAAGUGAAGUAAAUAAAUACAAACUAAAAUAAGAGUGCUGUUCAGGUGUUGAGGUAUGAUGUUUAACUAAUAGAGUGGAACCACGUAACUCGAAAUUAAUCUGUUCCAGAAGGCUGUUCUAGUUCCGAUUCGUUCGAGGACCGAAUCAACAUUUCACUUAAGAAUUAAUGUAAAUUUGAUUAAUCUACUCCAGAUCCCCAACAUUACAGCAUUUUAACACAAAUUUUAUAGUAUAAUAAUGUCUUACAUGCAAAUAAUAAACACAAUGUACAGUAAAUGAAAAUGUAACUUCACUUUACCUAUAUGAUGAGAGUUGAUGGCGUAAGUGGAAAGGAGAAGAGAUAUUGUUUAAAUGGGGAUAGGUAACUAUUCUUUCGGCACUUAAAGUGUGUCUAAUUGAACAUGUUUGUGGCAGGAUUUGUUUGGGUACCCAGUGAAGCCAUAGCCAAUCAGUUAUUACUAAUUAAGCUUUCCACUUAACUUAUCUUAAAGGAACAUUCUGAACACCAUAACAACUGAAUUCCAAUGACGUUGGUAUGGUGCCCUCAGCGUUCAUUUACGUUUCUGUAAAGUUCAUCAGAACCCUGGAGUCUUUUUUUUUUUUUUUUUUUACAAUCUUUAUUUUUGCUGUGCACAGUUUAACAAGCAUUUUCAGAGAUAUUUCUCAAGAUAUGUGACAAGAGAAAUAAAAACUUUGUCAUGUGAGAUAUCAAGAGUAGAACUGUACUUUUUAUAUUAAUAACGAAACAGAUAAACAAUGCAUGAGUAAGUGAUGAUAAGAAAAACAAGUGAAGUAUGCAUGAGUAGACAGAAAGGUAAUAUUCUAUAUUGGUAUACAGAAGCAGGUAUCAAGCAAGAAUACCCCCACAGGGGUCUUUAGGGACUUAAAGGAAACGUCCUAAUUGCCAUGCAGGAGUACAGCAAACAGAGUAACAUUGUAUGCAGUGUAAUAAGGAUCAAUAGGCUGUGGGCAAGCAUACAGUGGAGGGAGCAUUCCAGCAGUCAGCCUAUUCUCACUAUGGGCAUGGUACCGUCCCAUCCAACCUUGCUAAUCGGCAGGCCCAGAGCUCCAAGUGGUGAAGUCAAAUAUUCCCAGUGAUGAGUCAGAUGUCGAGUAGCAUUGUUAGCCUGUCUGGGAGAGCCCCAACCCGGCGUGCAUUUGCCCUGCGUCAGCUGGUGCCUGUGCACAACUUUUCUCACGCGGUGUCUGUGUGGUCUACGACACCAGAUGCGGGCCGCCAUAGGGCCUAUAGCCUUUUGUCAGUUACCGGGUCUUUGAUAUGGCUGGACAUGUUGGUAUUGUGUCUGAUCCUGUGUAGCGAGCAGGAGGCAGCUUUUGCCAAAAUGCGUCAAAGAGGCUGUAUAGUUUUAUAAGUAGAUCAGACUUCUCCUCCAUGUAUAACCUGGAGCAUGCGGUCUUUGCCAUAUUUUGAGCACCAGACAUGGAAGCAGAUGGAGUCUCAGCAGUACCCCAAGCCCCAUGCAAAGGUAAGGAGCCCUGAGGGUGGGGACCGGGAUCACCCCGCUGGUCCAGAGGGCAGGAGUAGUGGGGCUCUAAUUCCAGGAGUUAGCAGGCAUCGGGCUGGGAGAUCGGCCGCCUCUCUCUUCCACAACGCCCGCUAGGCCUCGCUGGGCCUCCAGACGGCCGCUGGAAGCAACUCCGAGCGGGUCAGUCUGUACAGUAGGACAAGUUGACGCUGUAUGCUGGAACUAAGAAUCCCAAGAUACUGGCAACUGGACUAAAUCAUCAAAAUAGCUAGGAGCUCUAACGUCUAGUCGCCAUCACAGUCAGUCUCCACCCCCCAGAACCCUGGAGUCUUGGUUAACACUGAAGUUGCAUAUUGACAAAAAAAUUCUAACUGAAAGUAUAACUGACUAAUUAGUGAUAUAUAAGUGGCAAAAUUUUAUUUUAAAGAUGGGUGUGGCCUCAUUUGGCCUGGGCCUUUCUCCACAAAAUACUAUAAUUAUACUUCACUUUCACUUUUUUUUUAUUUGUAGAACCAAAUAAAAAUGUAAAAUAGAAGAAGAAAUAUGUAAUUGUGUAACAAGAUUUACCAUAAUAAAACAAGCAGAUCGAAUGCCUAGAUAACGUAUAGGCAACCUUCGACACGCCAGAUGAUUUUGACUACACCUCCCAUGAUGCUUUGUCAGCAUUAUGAGUGUAAGACCAUUAUGCGGGAUGUAGUCCACAACAUCUGGAAUGCCGAAGGGUGCCUAUCCCUGGCCUAGAUCAUAUUGCCAUCUGUCAUGGAGAGACAUGGUAUCACUAUAUAAAAAUAGUAAAAAAAAAAAAAAGUGUAUAUAAAUAAGGUUAAAUUGGUUUAAACAGCCUACAAAGUUGGAGGGUCCAUUUUCAAAACAGGCAGUGAGUAAGGGUAAAGGGUACAGCUGUUUCCUUACUGGUCUGCCGGUCACAUACCACCAUAGUACCAGCCCCUGCAGUCUCGAGCAUCACCACUGACACUGCCUGCUCCGCAUAUGAACCGUUUUAUGGCGUGGCACAUGUGCGCCGGCGUCAUGAUAUCACUAAUGAUGGAAUUAGGCCUAUUCACCCCCUAUGACAUUUAGGGCAUGUGGUUAUGACAAUUAUGCCUCCCAGCCUAUAAAACAACAAAGUUGUAAGUGAACAGUGCCUUCUUGUGGUUUCUCCUUGACCCAAUAGUGCAUUUAUACUAUUUUGUAUUCCUAUUACUGACCCAACUUUCCACUUGACCAUUCUGUAUUCCUGACCUGGCACUGUCUUAGCGUCCAUCUAAAUUCUAGUUUCCUGGUCUCUCUUGACUCUGGCUUUUCCUAACUAUUUUGCCUACCUGUUUGUUUAUCGUCAAGUCUGAACAGUCUAAGGCAAAGCACACACACACAAAAAAAAAGUUUUACAUUUUAUAUGGCUACUUAAAAUCACCUAUCUUAGCAAACAAAAAUGGGGAUUCAGUUCCACCAUAUGGCCAUAUUGUGUUAAGCCCACCAUGUCGGUGGGUCCUACACGAGUUACAAAGUGGGAUGCAAAUUAAAUAGCGCUAGUGCUUAAUAAGCUAGAGUGUAUUUAAUCUCUUGUAAGAGCAUUGUGAAUAUAUAUAAUGCAAAAUUAGUGUAACAAAAAACACAAUUAAAAAAGUCUCAAAACUAAACAAAGUGAUAGUGCUUUGUUGUUUGUACUCACAAUGCACAUCAUAUAUAUCUGCUUUAUAUCAAAUGAACACUAAAGUGAUAUUACUAUUCAAAACCUCCUUAAAUUUAUACUUUCCUGUGAUCACCUCCAAAGGUGCAUCUAACGCUGGAGGCGGGUCAGGGUGCUCAACCCAAAACGAAUCUGGACUUCAAACAUACAUAGACAAAAAAAGGAACUGGGGGCACACGGAGCAUAAAUGCACCCACACAAAAAUACAGUUUAAAUAAUUCAAGGUUACUUAAAAUCAUUACAGUAUCCCAGUCAUAGGCGUGCACAGCCUAUUGUAUUAGGGUGUGCACUCUAAAACAUAAACACAUGAAUAUGUGUAUAUGAAUAUGUGUAUAUGUGUGUAUAACAAACUGAAAUGUUGAUUUUUUUUUUUUAUGUUAAGCUUAUGAAAAGCUAAGUUUUACUAUUUGACAAGUCCUGAGAGUGCUUUCCGGAAUAUCUUCUAGGUAAUUGGCUUGACAAGCUCCGGCCAAAUUACUGGAAAUAUGGAGUGCGAGAUCUUUUUUCUAAUAUAUAUAUAUAUAUAUAUAUAUAUAUUGUGACAGUGUGUUGGGGAUGGUGGUCAGGGGUGUAUAUCUGGCACCCAGACUUUUACGCAGCCACUAUCCUGACAUGUGGGUAAGCACAUGCAGCCCCAGGGAAAGUUUAGCUGAAAUGUAGGUUUUUUUCUGUUGUUAUUUGGGUCCCUGGGGUGGAGUAUUCAGAAGAGCAGGGUGGGCCGAUUCUCCACCCACUGUCAGAGUGGCUGUGUAUGAGUCCAGCCCAGGUAUUCUGAGGAGUUCUGGCUCACUGCCUAACGAGGUCAUUAGCCUCACCUAUAGGGGCUGUGAGCAGCUACAUAACUGCAGUUAAAGCAGGGUGGAGUGAGGGAAGUGUUUUGAGGAGAAAGAAGGUUUGCUGCCUGUUGUAUCCUGUUGUAUCCUGUUGUAUCCUGUUGUAUCCUGCUGUAUCCUGCUGUAUCCUGCUACUUCUUAACAACAGAAAAUAAACAGGCCAGAGGCCUUUGAAACCACACUUUGUCUUGGCCUUGCUUCCUUACCCUAGAGGGCUGUGCAGUUGCCAAAAGAUCCUGGACAAACACACACAGGGAAGUAAGUAUAUAUAUAUAUAUAUAUAUAUAUAUAUAUAUAUAUACAGACACACAAAUACACUCUUGCAUGCAUACAUACACAGACCCGCACUCAUAUAAAUAUCAGUACAAACAAACAUUUAAAAAAACGUAUUAAAACUUUUUUUUAAUUAAAUAAGCAUUUAGCAAUGUAAACAAACAUUGAAAAUUUGUAAACUUAAAAAAAAAAAACAUUUAACCCCUUCGCGACCGAUGAUAGUUCAGGACCGUCAUCGGAAAAAUCCCCUUGAGGACCGGUGGCGGUCCUGAACUGUCAUAACGGUAAGAUGCACUUACCCGAUCGCUGUCGUUCCCCCGGCGUUGCUCCCGGUGUGGGGAGACUGUGUGACAGCCCAGGCAGUCUCUCCGCGGCAGAUUAGGACCCCGUGGCCACGUGAUCGCUCAGCAGAGCAGUCACAUGGCCACAAUAGCUGUCCAAGUGUCUGCCUGCAGGGGGACUGCCUGUGCUGACAGGCAGUCUCCAUGCUGCUGUAAAAUAAAAUAAAAAAUAAAAAAUGUUAAUGUUAAUAAAAAAUAUAAUUAUAUAGGUGUGUGUGUGUGUGUGUGUAUAUAUAUAUAUAUAUACCGUAUAUACUCGAGUAUAAGCCGACCCGAAUAUAAGCCGAGGCCCCUAAUUUUACCCCAAAAAACUGGGAAAACGUACUGACUCGAGUAUAAGACUAGGGUGGGAAAUGCAGCAGCUACUGGUAAAUUUCUAAAUAAAAUUAGAUCCUAAAAAAAUUAUAUUAAUUGAAUAUUUAUUUACAGUGUGUGUAUAUGAUGAAUGCAGUGUGUGUGUAUGAAUGCAGUGUGUGUAUGAGUGCAGCAUGUGUGUAUGAGUGCAGCGUGUGUGUAUGAGUGCAGUGUGUAUGAAUGCAGUAUGUAUGAGUGCAGUGUUUGUGUAUGAGUGCAGUGUGUAUGAGUGCAGUGUGUGUGUGAGUGCAGUGUGUGUAUGAGUGCAGUGUGUGUAUGAGUGCAGUGUUUGUGUAUGAGUGCAGUGUGUAUGAGUGCAGUGUUUGUGUAUGAAUGCAGUGUGUAUGAGUGCAGUGUUUGUGUAUGAGUGCACUGUGUGUGCAUAAAUGCAGUGUGUGUAUGAGUGUGCAGUGUGUGUAUAAAUGCAGUGUGUGUAUGAGUGCAGUGUGUGUGUGUAUGAAUGCAGUGUGUGUGUAUGAGUGCAGUGUGUGUAUGAAUGCAGUGUGUGUGUAUGAGUGCAGUGUGUGUGUGUGUGUGUGUGUGAUGCAGUGUGUUUGUGUUGCAGAGCCUUGGUGGGGGGGUGGGCAUUUUUAUUAAAAAAAAAUUAUUAUUAUUUUAAAUUUUUUUGUUAUAUUAUUUUUUUUAAUUAUUUUUUUAUUAUUAUUUUUAUUAUUUAUAUAUUAUAAAUUUAUUUAUUAUUAUUUUUAAUAUUUUAUUAUUAUAUUUAUUUAUUUUGUUGUCCCCCCUCCCUGCUUGAUACAUGGCAGGGAGGGGGGCUCUCCUUCCCUGGUGGUCCAGUGGCAUUGGCAGUUCAGUGGGGGAGGAGGGGGGCUGGCAGAGCUGUUACUUACCUCUCCUGCAGCUCCUGCCAGCUCUCUCCUCCUCCGCGCCGGUCCGUGCAGCUCUUCUGUCAGCUCACACUGUAAGUCUUGCGAGAGCCGCACUAUGACCCCGCGGCUCUCGCGAGACUUACACUGGGAGCUGACCGAGGUGCUGCCGGACCGGCGCGGAGGAGGAGGGAGCUGACAGGAGCUGCAGGAGAGGUAAGCGCUCGCUGCCAGCCCCCAGUCUGUAUUAUGGCAAUGGAAAUUGCCAUAAUACAGACAGUGACUCGAGUAUAAGCCGAGUUGGGGUUUUUCAGCACAAAAAAUGUGCCGAAAAACUCAGCUUAUACUCGAGUAUAUACGGUAUAUGUCUAUAUAUCAUAUAUAUAAUGUCAUACUAAGUGUAUUUUUAUAUUAAUAUAUACAUAUAUUACUAUAAAAAUACACUGCUCAAAAAAAUAAAGGGAACACAAAAAUAACACAUAGUUGAAUGUGCUGACAACAAAACCACACAGAAAUUAAAAAAUGGAAAUCAAAUUUUUCAACCCUUGGCGGUCUGGAUUUGGAGUCACACUCAAAAUUAAAGUGGAAAAACACACUACAGGCUGAUCCAACUUUGAUGUAAUGUCCUUAAAACAAGUCAAAAUGAGGCUCAGUAGUGUGUGUGGCCUGCACGUGCCUGUAUGACCUCCCUACAACGCCUAUGCAUGCUCCUGAUGAGGUGGCGGAUGGUCUCCUGAGGGAUCUCCUCCCAGACCUGGACUAAAGCAUUUGCCAACUCCUGGACAGUCUGUGGUGCAACGUGACAUUGGUGGAUGGAGCGAGACAUGAUGUCCCAGAUGUGCUCAAUUGGAUUCAGGUCUGGGGAACGGGUGGGCCAGUCCAUAGCAUCAAUGCCUUCGUCUUGCAGGAAUUGCUGACACACUCCAGCCACAUGAGGUCUAGCAUUGUCUUGCAGUAGGAGGAACCCAGUGUCACGGCAAGGGUGUAUAAUUUAUUAUUACACUAUGGAAUAUCAUCCUUUAAUGUAAUUUGUGUAGUAAAGGGCACAAAUUACAGAGAUGCUAUUGUUGAAGUCAAAAGGGGUUACAUCUUUUGAUGCUUGGACCCCCACAGAGGUCAGAUGACAGAAGGGGUAGUGUGAAUGGCAUAGGAAUGUGAAAAUGAUUUUACUAUAUGGAUGUGAAGUAAUCAAGGCUCUGCAAGGUGUGAGGUUCUACACUUGGAAAGAGUCUGAAUGUCUCUUCAUCCAUUUGGCAUGUACCUUGUAAAGGAUAGUUCAAUCCUUUGAUGGUAAUGGGAUUAGUUUCAUGAAGAUCCUUGUGUUCCAGUAUUUUAUCCAAGUGAAACAUUAAUACUUACCCACAGGUUAAUAAUUAAGCCUCAUUUUUAUUAUAUUUGGAAUGGGACAAGCCCAAUCUCUUAAUUAAGCCUAAACAUGAGUUCCACAACUUAAACCGUGUGGCAGGAAUUGUGAUGUCUGUCCUAUUGGAUCAUGGGCAGGGCGUGCAACAUGUCUAUGGAAUGGGAAAACAAUAACAAAUUCAUAGAGGCAAUUAUUAUUUCUGUGGCAAGUACAGUAGAGGAGAUAAAACCAAAAGUUUGUAUGUGGCUUGUUGUUUUCUGGAACAAAGGAGGUGGUCACUUAGUAUCCCUAUUUCUCCACCCAUGGGUGAGGCGUGGCAAUUCACAGGGUAUAUCUCCUGUGAUCCUGAAGGGUGUUUGUGUACUUGCUUGGGGCCAAGAUCUAAUUUUGAGUGAGUCACCAUCUUUCCUUGCCAGAGACCCUGGACAGAAGUUAUACUUUGAAAACCUAAGUGAGUAAUUAGGACUUCUGUAUUUUAUCCUUUUUGUUUUUAUCUGUUGUUGGUGUAAAUAAUUUGUUUAUCAUAUAUUUUUAUAUGCACUGUGACCAUUUUUUGCUCAUAAUAAACAUUCAUUUAUUAAGUUUUGCCUUUGUCUGGUUAAGAAUCACGUUACCUAAAGAGACUAGUUAGUAUUUUUGUAAUUCCUUAAAUAUUGUGCUAAAUAAUAUUUGGUGGGUUUUAUUAUUGAUUUACCUGGGGGACCAAGGCACCCCAUUUAUAAAUUGUCUUGGCGGUGGCAGCGUUAAAAUAGUAAUAGUUAGGGGUGGGGCCGGACCGCCGAGCUGGAUGGUCGCAAGCAUCCUCAGCUCCUGCACUUUCCCACUCUAUAAGCCCUUAAAGCAUAAUUUACCCUGGGACAGCAGACCGACAGAACCGGUCCUCCGUGUGCUGAGACCACUGGACCCAGGGAGAGGCUGACUCCCAGAGUUGCAGUCCCCUGGGGGAGAAACUGCCGCUCCAGAUGGGGCCUUCUUCGGCAGUGAGCGGGGCGGACGGCCGCUGCCCCGGUAUCCUGCCUGACAGUGCCCGGCCAGAGGACCGGACCGGUUAGGACCUGGCCCUGUUCCCCCCCCUCUGGGCCGGCGGGGGUGAUCCCGGCCUCCACCCUGUGACCCCGAAAGCGGCAAGCCAGCUUGGACCCAGCAGCAUCAGCAGCCUGAUCCGUGGCACUGUACCUAAGAUGGCGGACACCGCGUGCAUCAAAACCAGCAAGAGAACAUGCAGUCCCCAGACGCCCACAAUACACGGCAAAGCAACCGGGCGCAUGCACACCAACCCCCCACAACGACCACUGGUAAACACCCGUCAAGGCAUCCCAGCACAACGCUCACCUCAAGGCGGCAAUAGGCGGAAAAGACAGGGACGCAAUGAGCCAGCUCCCGCACCACGGAGGAACCCACUGCCAAACAAGGCACGGAAGCGGGAACCUCUGACACAUCGGGGAACCGGUCUCACACAUCUAAUGCUGCACCCUGCACCAAGAUGGCGACACACCGCACCACGACCAGCAAUGAAGACACCGCACUACAUGCGGACAGCCGAUCAGCGACUGAGCUCCUCUCAGCCCACAAAACGCUCCAGCACAUCGGAGAAGCGAGAGCCCACCCGACACCACUACCUUGCCGCCUCCUUUCUGGUUGUCUCCCUGCAGCGAAGGACUCUACAACCCAGCCUCGAAAUGGAGUGGGCUCACAGCCGGCACAGAACGCGCAGAGUCAGGAUGCCACAGGCUACCACCAAAACCCUACCUGCCUUGAUAAAAUAAGGGAGACAGCCACCAGGACUUGGACACUGCCGAUUCAUGACUCACCAGAAUGACUGCAUAUACAGUUGGUCUUAGCUAGAGGUUUCCCUAGUCUGUCAGAGUGGCCUAAUGCAUAAAUGUUUUGCUUUUACGUAUUAAACAUGAUGCGUUUGCUUAGCCCGCCAGAAUAGCCUAAGAUAUAAAUGUUUUGUUUUGUUUUUCUUUUGGCAUGAUCUGUCUCCCUGGCUGGCCAGAGUAGCCUAAUUUAUAAUUGCUCUCAACAUAAUAUGUUUGCCUAACUUGCCGGAGUAAGCCGAUAUACAUAUGCUCCAAGCUUGGUCAGACUGCCUAGCCUGUCAGAGAAAAAUAGACUAGAACUCAUAUAAGCCUGUUUAAAACGUGUAAACCAUGAGUCACCCUUUAUUACAGACACUAGGCAACAGUUGGGAUCUCUAUGUUAACCCUCCAAAACACGAGCACAGGCACUACACCUUCAGCACACACUCAGGCACUUCAUACGCUGAUACACCACACCAUGGGCCCACUCGUAACACCUCUAUCGCUCCGCUUUCUACGGCACAGGGUUGGGAAAGCAUCUUAGACACAGCAACUACUGUCAUCUCAAUGCAACAUACACUAACAAAAGCUUAAUGUUUUCGCAUGUACCUGUUAUAUAAAAAAUGUGCAAUGCUUAUCUUAACCCCACUUGUGAAACAUGUCACAAAGCUCGAGGAAUGCCGUUGGGGUACCUCAAGCCUGUUUGUACCUAAUAACUGCAUUACAAAAAUAAAGAAUUAAAAAAAAAAAAAAUAGUAAUAGUUAUAUUAUUAUGUUGGAGGUGUAAAAAGGGGGAUUUUGUCAUUAUUUCCGGUCUAAUGCAGACAAAUAGUGAAGUUUAACCCUUUCACCACCACAACUACGUCACGCACACUCUUGGAGUAGGGUGCGUUCGUGACACCCAGGGCCAACCGCAACAGCAUAUGGUCUCACAAGGGGUCUGAGGAUCUCAUCUCGGUACCUAAUGGCAGUCAGGCUACCUCUGGUGAGCACAUGGAGGGCUGUGCGACCCCCCCAAAGAAAUGCCACCCCACACCAUUACUGGCCCACUGCCAAACCGGUCAUGCUGGAGGAUGUUGCAGGCAGCAGAACGUUCUCCAUGGCAUCUCCAGACUCUGUCACGUCUGUCACAUGUGCUCAGUGUGAACCUGCUUUCUGCAAUCUUGGUGUUCUCUGGCAAAUGCCAAACGUCCUGCAAGGUGUUGGGCUGUAAGCACAAACCCCGCCUGUGGAAGUCGGGCCCUCAUACUACCCUCAUGGAGUCUGUUUCUGACCGUUUGAGCAGACACAUGCACAUUUGUGGCCUGCUGGAGGUCAUUUUGCAGGGCUCUGGCAGUGCUCCUCCUGUUCCUCCUUGCACAAAGGCGGAGGUAGCGGUCCUGCUGCUGGGUUGUCGCCCUCGUACAGCCUCCUCUAUGUCUCCUGAUGUACAGGCCUGCCUCCUGGUAGCGCCUCCAUGCUCUGGACACUACGCAGACACAGCAAACCUUCUUGCCACAGCUCGCAUUGAUGUGCCAUCCUGGAUGAGCUGCACUACCUGAGCCACUGGUGUGGGUUGUAGACUCCGUCUCAUGCUACCACUUGAGUGAAAGCACCGCCAGCAUUCAAAAGUGACCAAAACAUCAGCCAGGAAGCAUAGGAACUGACAAGUGGUCCGUGGUCACCACCUGCAGAACAACUCCUUUAUUGGGGGUGUCUUGCUAAUUGAGUGUCACUCAGUGUUGCUUCCUAAGUGGACAGUUUGAUUUCACAGAAGUGUGAUUGACUUGGAGUUACAUUGUGUUGUUUAAGUGUUCCCUUUAUUUUUUUGAGCAGUGUAUAAUAACUAUAUAUAUUGUGUAUAUAUAUUAUUAUAAAAUUCAAAUAAUAAGUAUAUUAAAAUAACUUUAAAAAUGUAAAAAUAAAAAAUGUAAAAAAAAUUAUAUCUAUAUGAAAUGUUAUUCUAACUAUAUUUUGAUAUUUAUAUUUAUAUAUAUAUAUAUUUAUAUCAAAAUACACUUAGAAUUAAUUCAUAUAUAAAUCUAUGUGUAUAUAUAAAUAAAUCAAAAUAUGAAAUAUAUAUAUAUAAUAUACAUAAAUAAUUUCAUAAAUAUACUCGUAGACUUCAAAUAUAUAAAUAUGCAUAUUAUUUAAAUUCUACGUGCGUAUUUAUUUAAUAUUUUACAUAAUUAAGUAAUUUUAUUGAUUGCAAUUUGAGGGACCUGCCUGACAACCCAAGCCGAAAGUCCAGAGAAUUUAAUUUGCUAGCACUGUAUUUAACCCUGUAACUUUCUAUGACACCCUAAAACCUGUACAUGGGGGUUACUGUUUUACUCGGGAGACUUUGCUGAACACAAAUAUUAGUAAUUCAAAACAGUAAAACAUAUCACAGCAAUGAUAUUGUUAGUGAAAAUGACUUUUUUUUGCAUUUUUUCACACACAAACGGCACUUUCACUGAUAUUGUUGUUGUAAUACAUUUUACUGUUUUAAAACACAAAUCUUUGUCUGCUGGGUAUAACAGUACCCCCCAUGUACAGAUUUUAUAGCGUUGUUGAAAGUUACAAGGUCAAAUAUAAGGGUCAAAUAUUUUUACAUUAAAAAUUGCCAGGUUGGUUAUGUUGCCUUUGAGAGCGUAUGGUAGCCCAGGAAUGAGAAUUACCCCCAUGAUGGCAUACCAUUUGCAAAAGAAGACAACCCAAGGUAGUGCAAAUGGGGUAUGUCCAGUCUUUUUUAGUAGCCACUUAGUCACAAACACCGGCCAAAAUUAGCGUUCAAUUUAGCUUUUUACUUUCUUCACACACAAACAAACAUGAACACUAACUUUGGCCAGUGUUUGUGACUAAGUGGCUACUAAAAAAGACUGGACAUACCCCAUAUUGAAUACCCUGGGUUGUCUACUUUAAAAAAUAUGUACAUGUGCAGUGUGAUUCAGAGAUUUAUGAAAGAUAGCAGUGUUACAAUGUCACUAUUGAUACAUUUUAAAAAUAUAUAUUUAGAAACAGCAAUUUCUGAUUUGUACUUGUAGCCCUAUAACUUGCAAAAGAAAGCACAUAAACACUGGGUGUUUUUAAACUCAGGACAACAUUUUGACUCUAUUUAGCAGUUUUUUUCAUUAGCUUUUGUAUGUAAGUAAAAGAUUUUUAAAUUUUUCACCAUAUUUUAUUAUUCUUUUUAAAGUAAAUUAUAUGGCAUGAUACAAAUAAUGGUAUGUAAAGAAAGCCUUUUUGUCCUGAAAAAAACAAUAUAUAACUUGUAUGGGAACAGUAAAUGAGACAGAGGAAAAUGACAGAUAAACACAAACACCACAAAAGUGUUAAAAGAGCCCUGGUCCUUAACGUACAACAUGGCCAAAACAGGUCAGUCCUGAAGGGGUUAAAAUAAAUAAGCUGUUAUAACGGUAACAAAUCUCAGUACACAUUUUUACACAAAGUGCAUGGUACAUGGGAAUUUUUACAACAGAAACUAAAUCAAAAUGUUGCCGCAACCAAAUUGUCAUCAAUAAAGUUGUCAGGACCCCCUACAGACUAUUAUGGUUUCCUCGUCUGUAUGCUCUAGAGAAGAAGACGCCACACAGAAGGUGUUAUGGACUAAAACUAAAAUUCUUCAAUGACAUCGUUAUAAGUAGCUUUAGGAGUAGGUCCAUCAUACUCCCUUAGCAGUGUGGCUUCUGCUUCCAAUUAAUCCACUGACACCUUACAUUUGUUGACAAGGAUUUCUAUGUCACCUUUAUGAAUAUCCAAGCUUAGCAGUUUUCCUACCACAGUUACAAUAUCACACAACUUCUGAACAAAUCACUGGUCAAUACCAAUUAUCAACUAAUCCAGUCAGUGGCGUACAUACCGCGGUCUCAGGGGCCGCCCUGCCGCCUUUUUUUGCAGCCCCGGCACGCAGGCAAACCAUCGGGGGCCGCACGUUCAAGGGGCCCAUUGGGUGGCCCAUGCUGUUCGGGCCACCCGAUGCAGAUGAAUUUCCAGGGGGCCCCGGUCAGUGUGCGGCGCUUUAAUAGCGUGACCGGUCACAGCUGGGAGGAAGUGACUGCCACUCCUCCCAGCUACCAGAGAGAGCCGCGUGAGAGGAAGAAGAGGGAGUCAAGGUGGGAACUCUGACUCCCACCAGCCUGAGCCACCACUGGACCCCAGGGAAAGUCACCCUUCUGCACCUAAAAGGUAGGAAACAGGAGAGUGACUUAAACAUUUUGUAUAUGUGCAUUUUUGUUUGUAUGUAUGUGUUUGUGUGUCUGUCUGUGUUUGUGUAUGUGUCGGUAUGUGUGUGUAUGUAUGUCUCUGCUUAUAUGUGUGUCUGUCUGUAUGUACGUGUCUUUUUAUGUCUAUAUGUAUAUGUUUGCCUUUAUGUAUGUGUCUGUGUGUAUGUAUAUGUCUCUGUGUGUCUGUGUGUUUUUAUGUAUGUGUCUGUGUGUGUGUCUGUCGGAGGGGGGAGCCCAUGGAUCAGUUCCGCACCGGGGGACCAUGGAUUGUGUGUACGCCACUGAAUUCAGUAGUGGGUAAAAUUAAGUUAUCCUCUCCUGCUCCUCUUUUGUUUAAUAGUGAUACUGAGACUGUGCUGCCUCAUUAAUAAAGAAAUAUAUUUUUUUCUUCCUAACUGGUGGAAUGGCGAUGAUAUUUUCGGCACACUUUUUUUUAAUAGCAUAUCAGCAGUGCAGCACAGAGCCUCAAUUCUGAGGCUUGAUUAGGGUAGGGUGACCACAUUUGAAAAUGCCAUUCAGCGACACUUUCUUGGCCCUCCCUGAUCCCCUCUUCACAUCGGACACAGCGGCAUAACGUGGGCUUCAGUGUACAUUCCCCCCUAUAUUUCAUAUCCCCCCAUAGAUUAUGCACACCCCUCAUUUCAUGUCCAUUCCCCCCCAUAUUUUAUAUCCCCCCAUAUUUCAGGUCUAUUCUCCCAUAUUUUUAUGUCCAUUCCUCCCCCCAUUUUAUUUCUAUUUCCCAAUUUUGUGUCCACUACUGACUCAAUGAGAGGGAGGGAAAUGAAAUCUUUAUCAUGGAAUCAAUAGUAGUACUAGUGACUCCAUGAUCCAAAGAUUUCAGCCCCCUCCCUCAUUCCAUGCACUUACCUGGUCCUGGUAGCUUCUCUCUCUUUCCUCCCGCGCGGCCGUCUGCAAAGAGCGCUGGGAUGAAGUGGCGUCAUCGCGUGUGACCUCACUUCCUCGCAGCACUGUGAGGUGAGCGAGAGUGGGACAGAGGGAGAGAGGGAGGGUUGUCGCUCACACAUAUCCAUCGGCGGGCAGCAAAUGGGAGCUCGCGGCACUGGCAUAGUGGGGAUGCCAGCGGGCUCCUUCUUCACUAAUAUAGGGCCCAGCUCAUUCCGGGACAUUACAUUGUCCGGGAAUGAAGAUGGCCGGGACAUGGGACAGACCCACAAAAUGCGGGACUGUCCUUGGCGAUCGCUGAUGUGCACGAUUCCCAAUAUUGGUGGGUCCUACAAGAAAAUUAAAUAGUGUUAGUGCUAAAUAAACUAAAGUGUAAUUAAUUAAUCUGUAAGAGCAUUGCGAAUAUAUGUUUACAAUGUAAAGGUAAAAAAAGUUGUUUUACAACAGGUUCUGUGUGGACAGUUUUCUUUAAAAGCUAUGUUUUAAUGAAUGUUGUAGAUCUUAUUAUAUGUCUUUCACUGUAUUUGUAUGUUUUUUAGACUAUUCUCUUUCUAAGCCGGCCCCUUAGAAUUGUCUGAUCCUGUUGCAGCGUUAAACUAAUUCUGUAUUGUCAUUUUAUUUCUACUUUUUUGUGACCUUCGACAGAAAUUUAUGACUGAUUUUGACCUUUUUGACCCCUGCAAAGCUUCUUAACUUAGAAGCGUACAGUUCCGAUUCUCCCAGAAAAAGCACCUGCGGUAAAACGCCCCAAGAAACCUGGGUAGAUGAGAGAUUAAUGUGGCUAUAAUAGCAAGCCCGUGUUUUUGGCAUUAUGCUCUCUCCACAGGUAGAUGGGCCUUUUCUGAGAUGAUACCAAUUAUUUAUUGCCGAAACAUCUGUUGAUAACUGCAGCUGGCCCUGCUAAACAAAGCACAUCUCAGGGUCAGGGACUAUAGAGACCUGAAAUCCUCGCCUCAUGCCAGUUUGCACUAUUCACAAGCUUUUUCUAUCUCUGUCCCUUCCCCCUCAAACACAAGGCCUGGGAAGCCUGAAUGUUUCCUACUUUGUCAACAUGGAGCCUCCUUUCCCUCUCUAUGCACUUUGAAGUAUCAUUUAAUCUUAUGGAGUCAUUUAUACUUCACACUUAUAAUAGCAUGAAGGACAGGAGGCACAGGAUAAAGGAAUUAACAACUUUCCCCCUCCUCCAGCAUGUGUUUCAGUUCUGAAUUGUUGUUGCUUUAAUCCACAUGAAUUGGAAUGAUGCAUGCAUCUCCAAUUAAUGUUGGUUCAGUCAGUUUUUUCAAAACAGGUCUGAGUUUUAAAUAAAUAUAUAGUAAAAUGCUUGAAAUAAAAUUUGACCUAGUGCGUUUUGCUCUCCACUGUUUCCAGGCAACUUGGUGGCAUAUUUGUCAUGAACGGAAAAGAAAUAGCUUACUUCUGCACCCUAGCCUUCCAUGGUGACUCUCACCUUGGGUAGAACACUUUCUUUCUCUUGCAGAGAAAUUACCCAUCUUGUUCACCUAGGCUGGCAGGGUUUUAUGGGACAUUCUAUAUAUAAAAAUACUGUUUUGAUAUAAACUCGAAUAUUCAGGAAACACUUCAAGUAACAUAACCAUGACAAUGAGUUAUAGUGGUUAUGGUGCCAGGAGUUCCUUGUCAUACCCCCCACACCCCAAUUGUUUGCAGUCAGACCGUUUUAGAAUGGUUUCACUUCUUACUCUCUGGCUGAUGUAGAGGAGGUGGGGAGUUGUCUGGUGAACCGCAAAAAUGUAGUCAAACAUCUUGUAGUGUUUAUGGUGCCAGGAGUGCUAACUGCUUGAGAGAGGGACAGCAAUAUUUAUAGAGGAUGGUGUCACUUCUUCCACACCAAAAGUGCUACUUUGGGCCAAUGAGGAAAUGCCUUGCUGAAUUUAAGCAUUUUUCAGAUAUUACAAGUACAUGCUCCUAAUAAGGGCAGCUGACACAUUUACAUAAUGCUACCCUUUUAUUUAUCCUACACAGACACUUAGUACAUGCACCAAACACCAUGCAGACUGGUAAAGUUUGUCAUUACCGACAUUUUACGUAAAUUUUCAAGGCUUCAAGCAGCAUAGUAAAAAAAUACACAAUCAAAUUAGUACAAAGUGCUAACGAGAAUGUAUGUUUUUAAAUAAUAAAAAUUUGCUAUUUAGUAAUUUAAGAACAGCAUAUAUGUCCCAUCAGAUUAUGAUGUCCUCUUUUUUUUUCCAGAGGGCAAGAACAAGGGGAGUUUAGUUAAGGAUUAUUUGGGUGGUGUGUAAAUUACUAACCACCUCUUUUGCUAACUUCUUUGCACUUUGAGCCUUUACAAAGGAUGGUGGGAUGUUUCCCUGUGUCGCUGUAUAAUGCACAUUUCCCCUUUUGUUCCGCUUCGCCCUACAUUGCAAGAUAUUUCGUUAAAGGGAGGAUUUGUUCAUGUUGUCACCAGCUGGUAACUCCCCUGUGAAAUCAGAAGCCGCUCUCUAUUUGUAUGAUUUCAACGGAAAAUAGGAUGCACAAACACACAACAGACUGUCAGAGAAAUGUGGAUGUAAUUGAAUUUCAUCACGUGUACUCAUUUAGAACAGGAUGAGAUCUGUAUGCCAUUUAGAUGUAAAUAAUGUUAUAGAAUAAACAGACCUUUCAUGGGACUAGUUUAAGCAUUCAUUUGAUUAUUUAAGAGGUUUUCGGAAAACAUAUAACUUGCAGGACACACCAGAAAUUCUAAAUAAGAAUGUUUCAAUGAAAUAAGUGGAUUUGAAAAACAAGGAAUGUUACGUAAUAUAAUAAUAAUUUAGACCUGUCAAACUGAAAAAGAUCUGGAUAAAUAUAUCGGAGAAAUGUUUGUGUUUUCCAUAGAAACCUUCUUUGUAGGAUAUCCUAGAAAGGGAUCAAAAGAUGAGAAGUAGAUAAAAGGAGUAACAUGGACAAUCUUUAUUCACCUAAGGCCCAUGUAAAGAUAGGGCAACCUAAAAACUUUUAGUUUUUUACAUUAUUUUUGGUAGUGCAAAGCAUGAAAAAAGAUAGAUAUUGACAUUCAGCAAUGAUAAGAUAAUUAUAUUGCUAAAUGUCAGAAUACAGCACUGUUUAUAUUAAAUGAGAGACAAGAAACUAUAAAUCUCAAUAGGGUAAGUUAGAUGGCACAAAACCUGAAAACAUAACUUUUAUUAUUAUACUUAAAGUGACACUAUAGUCACCCAGACCACUUCAGCUCAAUGAAGUGGUCUGGGUGCCAGGUCCCCCAGGUUUUAACCCUUCAGAUGUAAACAUAGCAGUUUCACAGUCUUCCUGACAGCCACUAGAGGCGUGCAGAACGUUCAUAGGAAAGCAUUGAGAAAUGCUUUCCUAUGGACUGUUUGAAUGCACGUGCGGCUCUUGCCGUGCAUGCGCAUUCCUCCGCUCCACUCGGGAGCUGAUGUCGGCGGGGGAGGAGAGGUCACAAGCGCUGAGGGAGCCCGGCGCUGGAUUAAGAUAAGUAGCUGAAAGGGGUUUUAACCCCCUCAGUGCCAAGGGAGGAGGGCCCUAAGGGUUAGGGGUCCUAAGGAUGAUAUAGUGUCAGGAAAACGAGUUUGUUUUCCUGACACUAUAGUGAUCCUUUAAAAUUAAAUGUAUUUGUUCAACAAUGUAUCCAAAAACACAAUCUGUGAGAAACAUACAAAAGACGGUAUGAAAUCAAAAUCCUGUUUACCUUACUGACAUAAAACAGUGCUAAACAUUGAGAGGGGUAUGGUCAAAAACAUGAGUGUUGAUAGGGAUGGAGUGACCCAUGCUGGAGCUACAGGUGGGCUCCUUAAAAGCCCUACGUGUGAUUAUCACAUUCUUUGGUUGAUAGCCCCAACUUUUGUGUCUGAAAUUUGAGUUCAUAAAUUCCACUUAGGGUCAUAGCCUUAUGCUUAUGUACCUAUUGAUAGACCCUUUCAAGGUCACACUGGUUAUAAGGGAUUAGUAGCCAUAGCGAUUGUAUUUACUAUCAUAGUUGGUUCAAUCGUUAGCUACGGAAAACUAGCGGACUGAUUGUUUUCAGCAAUUACCCAUACGGUACCUAGUUUAUAACAGGGAGAGGGUGGGGUUCACUGGUAUUGUGUAGGGUCUGGGGAUCCACACUUAAUUACAUUAGAUUGCAGUCCCGCUGUUUACCAUCUCUAUUCAUCAUCCAGCUCAUUUUACACUACUACUGUUUCGCUACUCUGUUAGCAGGAAAUGUUAUUGUCAUCAUACAAGUUGAAACAUUCUUUCUAUGUUCUUCCUUACAAGAAGCCCUAUUGAGCACUCACAUUGAAGUACAUUUUAGGACAUACAUGUCCUUCUAAGAAGUGGUUGUAUUCAAUCUUUCUUCCCUCCCCCCCUUUUUAGACAAAUAGUAGACAUACCAUGUAACAUUUGUCCUAGCAAUAAUAAAGGAAUUCCAUAUAAGAUAAGCAUUGGCUAUGUUAUAGUAUUGUCUUUUAAAGAAUCUUUCUUUUCGAUUUUAUUACACUAUCCCUAUUUUUGUAUAGUAAUUAUUUUUGUUUUUUGUUUUUUUGUUUAGUUUUACCUUUAAUCUAUAAGCUCUAUCCUUAAGAUAAGGGUUGCUCCAACAUCUAUGGUUCCUUUCUUGAAACAUUAACUCUGAUUUCAAUUUAGGGUCAGGCCCUUUUGUGUGAUUCACAUAAUGUUCAUUUGGUCAUCAUGUUAGUGUGCAAGAGCACUCUUGCUUGUGUGAAACUAAUGGUACAAUAUCAAUAGCAGUGUAAGCCUUGUUAGCUAAUAAGUUUUGUAAUUUGGUACCUUUUCCACUAGGUGGCAUCACUUCACACAAUUGUGUAAUCUCUUGAAUUUUCAGGGAUGUAGUCUUAGAGAACAUAUGAAGGUAAAAAGGUGCCUCUACGUGAAACUGGUAUAAGUAAAACUGAGAUUGUGCAGCGCUAUAUCUUUUGCCAAUUCCCUCAAGGACUAACACAAACAUCAGUUAAAAAGGAAAGUGUUAAAAUUCUAUGUGUUAAAUGGUUUUUCAAUAAAAAAAAAAAAAUGUUUUGCAUGAUCAGAAUCCUCAAAUUCCUUUAUCAUCAUGAAAGGAAUGCUGCCUUCAUUUAUUUUUAUUUAUUUUUUUAUAUUUUACUAAAAACUUUGUUAUAUCUCAUUAUUUUUUAUUGUUCAUGUAUAUGAACUUUUUUUAAUUUUUUUUUUUUUUUUUUAAGAAAACCCUUUCUUAACCAUUCCCACAGUAAUUAACAGUUGUAAAAUGGUGAACAUUGGGUAAGAUUAAAGAUACAUAAAAUGGCUGUCAGAAAGGUGGGUAGUAUGCAGGUUUUUUUCUUCAGAAGUUUGAGUUUAUUUGAUUUAAAAAAAAAAUAGCAAAUAACAGAUUAUGUUCAAAUGUUGUUUAAUAAUACUAAAUUUGAAAUGUAUGGUUUCAUUAUACAAAAAGUGUCCGUAAUUCUUAGAAUUACUCACUUGAGAAAGAAGCAAAUGAUAUAUUGGAUAAAAUUCGUCAACACCGUUAUUCACUAAAGUGUAAUCUUAUAGUGAUUUUCAAAUUAAAGUCCAAAAUAGCUUAAUUGUAAAAAAAUAAAUAAAAAUUCUCUAACUCCAGAUUAGCUGCUUUGGCCUAAAAUGUGAAAUUCAACUUGAAUUUUCACUUUAGUGUAUAACACUGUUAAGUUAAUAAGUUAAUAAUAAUAAUACACUUUAUAAAUUGCUCUCAAGUGGGCCCUUGGAAGGGAACAAAUGUGUUUCCAGAUGAACUGUCAAAAUUAUUUACAGAAUUUCCUGGUCCAGUGCAGUUACAUGUUACUUGCUAGACAAACUAUGCAUAAAUUGUAGGUUGUAGAAGUCUUUGUUUUAACAGAAACCAGAAUAAAGUCCUACUCACGUUAUUGUGUAUACAGUAGAAGUAUUUAACUCCUCUUUGUGUUUUAGCUCCUCCUCUUCACAGUCAUCAUACACAACACAUCUUAGUUAUGUUAGCCUUAUUAAGAUGGAAAUAAAGUAUUUUAACUUUUUUAAGCAUGUGUCCCCCAUGGUUUCCAGCAAUUCCAAAUGUUAAUGUGCCAGGUGAAAUGAAUAAGAUUGAUUACACCAUUACACGGACACCUUUUUUUUUUUUUUUGAAUUCUUUAUUUUUGUUGUGCACAAAAGUGACAAAUAGCCUUGGUGUGCCUCAACAGCGACAUCAGGGUAAGUUGGAAUACAUUUGCAAUACAGGUUGUGGCAUUUGUUGGUCAGGCACAUGUUUAAGUAAUUGAGAUCAUCAUUUCAACAGUGUAGGUUCUCGAUUAUGUAACUAUAAUGUAAAAUUAUUAACAUACUAAAACAUUACUGAGUCCACGUUUAUAACAGUACGGUGAAUAUUGUAGCAAAAUGCUAAUUCUUAGAUCAAGCUAGUGCAGUUAGAUUAUUUAACUGCUUAGUAUGUAGUAAUAUGCUAACUUGCUGCACCUUAACUAUUUGUGGACCCAGAAAGCGUUAAAUAUGCUGGUUAAGCCUAACGUAGUCAUUGUUUAGUAGUCCAUAUGAGUGUAUAUGCUUGUUGUAGCAAGGUUAGGCUUAGUAGAGUGUGAGGCUUUACCCGUGCAAACUAUGGCUACCAGUUAGGCGAUAUGAGACUAGUUAGCCAUUGAGUACGAAUUAACCUGUUGUAUAGAGUAAGUAAUUUAUAAAUGGUAACCUGGUGCAGGUUUUUAGUGAAGUAGCUGCACAAUCAUUAAAGUUUUAUGCUAAGACUGCACAUGCUAGUUAUACACGGGUACUAUACAUCGCUUAAGGAAAGGAGGCCAUCAGACAUUUUAGUUACUGGGCGCUGAGGGUUAGUGGGAUCAGAUGGAAUUGGAGACAUAUGAAUAUAGGCAUAAAACAGAUUUUAUAAUCACAUACAGUAGCUAGAGAGCAGUGCUGUGUGUGAGAGGGGAUGACAGACUAAUGCUCUGGCAUAUCUAGUGACCCCCAGUGCCUGUCCUACUCAGCCUAUGCCCAUAGCUGUCUGGCACAGUCCAGACCCAUUUGCAGGGCACCGUGUUUCUUCCCGCAUGCCUCUUUGGCUCACCGCGUCAGUGUGGACCGUCCUCUAUGUGUGUGCACAUAGGUGUGUGGGCCUGUUUGAUGGGUAUGGACAGCAGCUUGGUUUACAGUCCAGCGGAGCAGCGUGAGGCUGAUGCAGCUGUGUGCUUGGUGGAGUACCCGGAGAGGUGAGAAUCCUCGGUUGCUAGUCCCGCUUAAAAUGUCUAUUACUAGAAACUGGAGACACGUGGCCUCAGACAUUGGAAUCAAUAAAAUGGCAAUGUAAAAUGGAAAGGGGCAUUGCCUUGAUGUUUUUGCUUUAACAAUGCUAUGUACUCAAUGUGGAAUAAGUGUGUCAAUAUGCUAGACUCUGCUUCCACUAUAUGAUAGGCAUGAUAUGACACCUGAGGUUCCACUCUUCUAUUCUUUUGGGGUUUACUGGACUACCGGGGAGAUGCCAAAAUCAAGACCGGUUUACAGGAUGACCCUGUAUACUCUAAAAUAUGAAAUCUAAUAUUUGUUCUCAGCUUUGUCCUAUUUGUUUGUUUGUUCUAUGUCUGCAGAGCUGAUGGACAUAUACAAUUUCUGCAGUGUUUGAUGGUCUACAUUGUUGAAAUCCACUAUCACUUGUAGAUUAAAUGUUAAGAAUGAAAAAAAAAAUCCAAUAAUAUAUAUUUAAAUAAAUAGAUAAACAAAUGUGAUUUUUAGGCUGACAUCUCACACAGGGAUCACAGUAAACUUCCAAGUAAAAAGCAUAUCUUUUAUUUUCCAUAGACUAUCUGCCUUUAAAGAGAUCACAUUUCAACAUUAAAUUGUAUAUAUCUUAUAUUCUAAAACAAUAUUUAAAGUAACUGAAAGAAAGUUAUUCAAUGUGAUAAGAACAGUUUACACAAAAUGCUGGUGAGCAUCUUCUCAAUACACUUCGUUCCAUGUUUCACCUCAUUCUGAGGGUAAACAUUUUGUAUCACAUUACUAUGGAGCCAGUACUUGGGAAGAGAUUGUGCUCUGUUCCUUUUUUGUGCAGAGAAACAUGUAAUUGUGUGACCCUUGAUGUAGCUUUCUAUUUGAGGAACCAUGGUGGGUGAUAGAUAAAGUGAAGUUGUAAGCAAGGCCCAGGUUGGUUUAAGAGAUAGUAUUAUCAGAGUUUAAACUUCAUUCAUCUGCUUUUUCUUAUCCUUGUCAAUGCUGUUGCUAGUUUAUUAGUUGUGGUUUUUCUUUAAAUUUCACACAUCUUUGUGCUUUGGAGGAAAGGUUGCUAAGUAACCGAACCCUUUCUUGCCACAUUAAACCCAUUGUCUGCUCUGUAUGUGCACUUUCUUCCUGUAAAAAGAGUUGUCUGUUUUAUUACCCGCAUGACAACAUUAAAAGUCAUAGAUAAGUAGUGGCCCAUUAAAAGGAAUUCCUGUUUUCCACACUUUCAACCAUUACAUCUUAUCUAUACAUUUUCCAUAAAUUUGCACUAUUUCUGCAGUGAUCUCCAUGACAAUUUCUAUUUUACUCUAAACGUUGCUACAGUCAGAGAGGUUGAAUUGAACAGGGCAUAUGAUCAGUGCAAUCACAUGUAAAGUCAGAGAGACUUUUCUCAAAUUAAUAUGACUGACAGUUGUCUGCUGUUAAAUCUACAGGUACUGUCAAUGUUAGCAAAAAGAUUGUCUAUUAUUGUGUUCAAAAAUGGAAUCGAUAUAUCUCCAUAUUAUACAAACUCCAGAGAAACAACUCUAUCUUACAAUGGUGUGUCAAGGUUGUCGGGCCAAGCCAUCGUUAGGACAAGUAUUGUAUUGAUUUUGCUUCUAGCAGAUAGCCCUGAAUCAAUAACUGCAUUACUUUACACCUUCACAGGUGGAACCAAUGUACUUUAUUUGGAAUCAGGGACUUAGGCUACCUCUACUCUUGAGAAACUUGGUGAGCUUGAAAUGCAGUAGUUUGUUCCGGCCUGGCAGGCCACAAACACCCAGUCUUUCCAAAUCACAUUGAACUAUGAGUGCUUUAUAUGGCUGAACUUAUGCAGUUCUGGAGCCCUGAAUGUGAUUCUUUUGACCGUGGGUCACAAAAAUAAAAAGCAAAUACUGGAGGACUUAUUCCACAGCAUGGAUAUAGGCUAUAUGCUACGGUGUCUACACUGUUACUCUAAGCCCACUAUGAGGGCACAUGCUGAGUAUUACUCAGAAUACUUGGGUAUGGUCUACUCUAAUGCCAGGGAAGACAUGAUCACAGUCCUUCUACAAGCCUGCAAAUUAUGAUGUAUCUUCCAUCACCCUGGGAAAGCAGAGGAGCCUUCUAAGCAGACCACUACCACAUCACCACAGUAGGCAUAUGACAGUCCCAUAGGAAAAAAGUCAGUAGGAAUGACCACAAUUUAUGAAAACUGCUAGGUGAUUUUAAUUAGCCUUGUAAAAUGUAAAACUGUAUUUUAUUGUGUGCUCACUGUUCCUUAAGCUGUAAUUUCUAUACUUUUGGUCUUUAAGACAGCUCUGCUACUGAGAAAUACAUGUUCCAGGUGUGGCCCAGAACUUUUUUUCUGUGUAGAUUUGAUUUGGAAUCCAGAUUAGAUUCUUAUUGGGCUGAGUACCCUACCCAUCCACUAUGGGUGCCCCUUUGGAGUUGACCACAGGAAAGCACAAAUUGAGAAGAGUCUAUAUAAGCUGUUUAAAGGGAAACUAUGGGCACCCAGACCACUUCAGCUCAUUGAAGUUGUCUAGGUGCAUAGUUCCAGGUUCCUUAACCCUGCAAAGAUAAUCAUUGCAGGUUUUAAUAAACUGCAAUAACUACCUUUGAGGGUAAUCUCCACCACUAGUGGCUGUCUACCAGACAGCCACUAGAGGGACUUCUGUGUCAUUAUGCGACUUUUGGUCCCCUAACUGACGCUGGAUGUUCUCACGCUAUGGAGGACAUCCAGCAUCAUACAUUGCCGUGCAUGCGCAUUAGUCUUCCCCCGCCAGCUGAUAUCAGCAGGGUGGAGUGGAGGCUGAGCCUGAACCAGCACCAACAAGGUAAGUGACACUGGGGGGGCUUAACGGAGGGAUGCAUUAUAGGGAACUAUAGUGCAAGGAAAACAACUUUUUUUCCUUUGCACUAUAGUUACCCUUUAAGCAGUAAGUAUUACAGUUAGCAUGUUAAUUUCUUAUAUUAAAAUUAGUGUAGAACCCAUUGAUAUUGGGGUACUGUGACGUAGUGGUGGGUCAACUCAUUAUUUCCAUAUGGUGUAACUGAAUCCCCAUAUUUGUUUGCUAAGAUAGGUGAUUUUAAGUAACCAUGUAAAAUUCUAAACUGUAUAUUUAAAAAAAAAAAAAAUUGUGUGCACUUGUCCUUAGUCUAUAUAUUAUAUAUAUUUUAGUCUUUACGGUAACACCACUGUUGAAAAAUGCAUGUGUUCGGGGUGUGCUCCACAAUUCCAUUUUUUUCUAUAUUCGUUUUUGAACACAGACAUGUUUGUAAAUUAUAAAGCAUGGCCCUUACUUCUGUUUAUCUUGUCCAAAAAUAAAUCUGCUUUGGUGUCAAUAUGGCCAGCUUUACAGCUGUCUAGAACAAUUAUCUGAACAGCCCCAAUGAUUACAACAAUAAUAUACUCAUGCCAAACCUCAUUUUUAUUGCUUUUGUAUUGGAAUGGUAAUAGAAAUCAACUUACUCUUAUGAUAAUUUGUAACAGUGCUGAGAAUAGCAGGCCUAAGAAAACAUCAUUAUCCUGAUUAUAAGUGCUGGUACCCAAAACACGAGUUGUAAAGACUUGAAGAGGGCAGGGCAUGCAAGCAAAAGAUCAGAAAAUGUAUGCAAACUUUCCAUUCUGUGUAAUAUGUGUAGCACUGUCAGUUGCUGUAUAAAGCCUUUAAGAAAUCUGCAUUAUUUGCAGAAUGUAUAAAUGUGGUCAAUGCAGGGAGCCUUACAUUGUCACUGAAUUCCUUCAACACCUGGCAGUGAAUCGAAAACAUAGGCCAUUCAUCCACUUACUACGUGGCAUGCAUUCUCCACCAUGGGCAUUGUUUGUCAUGAUGCAAGUAAAGGAACAUUGUUCCAAAGCAAUUUCAUCAUGAAGCUUUAAAAAAGUGCUGAUGAAAAAAGAAUUCUGGUCACGUUUUUUCAGUCCCGUGAUUUACACUUUAUUUAUUUUGUAGUUUUAAGUAUAUUUGUCAAUGUUUUAUAUAUGCACUUGUAACAUCACUUUUCUUUCAAUAGAAAUCUAGAUUGUCCUUUGCUUCCUCAUCGUUUUCUAUAUGUCUGCAAGACAGAAAGAUAAUAUCCACGUUUUUUGUUGUUGUGUAUGUGUAUACAUCCAUGCACACAUGUGUAUUGAAAAUUAAGUGUAUGUCUUUGCAAUAGUAACACUGCAGUCUACCGUUUGCAUAGAAAGCAUUCUACUUGCUUGUAAACAUUCUUUCGUGAGGAGCUGGAUUUCUCCAUUUCACCCCGUUUGGUUUUUGAGAUGACACCAUGGGCUCUCAGGAAUGAUGCAGCUGCAGAGCUACAGGCACUCCAGAAUGGGAUGCUUGGUUUAGAUUUUCAACAAUGCUAUUGAAGUGCUUAUUUUCCUCCUGAAGAAACACAAACAGAUGCAAACUUCUGUAAACACUUUAGCAAUGAAUUCAGUGGCACUGGCCUCUCAGCAGCGCUCAAUAGGUGACAGAAAAAUGUCUAAUUAGUGCAAGUGGAAAUAAUAGGGCCACUUGGAUUCCGUCCAUCCUUCACUAAGUCUGCUUUUCUGAGCAACUCAAAACCCUUUUGUUUGGCAGGUCACUCUCUUUCAGGCUUUUGUACUCUAAUAUAAGAAGAGGAGAAGAGGAGGAAAACUAGAUUAGGGGAUGUUCUGUUCUUAAAUACAUAGUAUGCUUGUUAUCAAAGGCAAAGUCUGCAAGUGCAGCUUACAGGUGUUGGGAGACAUUCCUGUAUUGUUGUAAAAUAACAGGUAAUCUUUUCUACACCAGGUGGAAACCUGUGUUUUAAGGUGUGUGUCUGUGGAGAAUACUCCUCUUUGUCAUAAUGCUUCUACGAUUGUGUGUUCAUAUUUCUUGGAUCAGAAAACUUCAAGUCCCUUAUUUAAAAAGGAAAUAAUUGUAUUCAUGCCAACCAUAAAUACUGAGCUAUUUUAUGGGCCAGAUCUUCCUCGGGAAUAUCUGUGAAUGUGAAGGCCGGAGGGCACGUUGGUGAAUUUUCAGUUCAGAGAAUAUACGUGCCAAACUAACUGCUCUAAAUUUUUGGUCAUGCUGUUUCGCAAUGUCCUCCUCCCAUCCCAUCAGUUGGUAGAUAUACCUUGAUCAUCGGAUACAAAGAAUCAAAACACAGUAGUUGAGUCUCUGGGUUUCAAAAAUAUCUGUCAAUUUUGGAAAAUACAGACAAACCUGUUCAACUUUAUUAAUAAAUAACGAGUAACACUAGAGGCCCAGCAGCUCUUGUAUAGCCACUUAUCAAUGUUAUAUUGUAAAAAGAGUAAUGUAUCAAUGGUGUUUGGAGUAAAAUUGGAUACUGAUACUGCCCUACACAUGGGAUAAAAAUAUAUUCUGCUACUGCCUAUAUGUAAAUAUUGUAUUACUAAAAGAUAUCUGAAUUUAGUACUUGUGAGAAAACCCACAAAUGAAAAGUUGUUUUUUAUUGAUCAAUCUGUAACUAUUAUAAUAAAGCUGAGACGCAAAUAGAAAGACUGCUGCUACAAACAAUCUACUAUUAUUGUCAUGACAAAAAGCUUGGGCAUUGACUCCGGUAACUACUUGCUGUAGCUAAAACCUGGACACUGUAAAAUAACUUUUUAGGUGGUCACCUUUGUUGCUAACCUGUACUUUCAAAUGUAGUUUGGACAUUGGGUGGAAUGAUUGAAUGGAAUUGAACACAAAAUCUUCUUUCAAGUAGGCUGAUAAUAUAUGACUGAAUGGUAACCCCUAAAAUGAGAAGUCCUGAUAUAAGACUCUCUGUAAACUAGAUAAAUUGUAUAAUUAAAUCAGUGUUCUAUUAUACAUUUGCAAUGUUUGGUUGAUCAGCCCAAGCAGAAAUCUUUUAUGGGACUCAAAGUGCAAAUUCCCUGUUCCACACUCAACUAACCAUUUCAAUAGUGUUUACAAGCCCAAAACGAGUGGGCUUUUUAAAAUAAAUAGGAGGAAUGUGACCCCUACCGUAAACCUGGAUUUUAGAUGUGGCAUUUUGUUUUAUCUUGGUGCUGUCAUGCAGGACAGGGAAAAGUAUUGCCAUUAGUUAGGAUCUAUUUCAAUACAUAUGAAAAUAACUGAAAUGUAUAAUGCUAAUUAAAAUCAGUAUUAUGUAUACAUCACUUGUCUCAAAUGGUCGAAAUUACUGAACUUACUUAAAUACAAUCCAUAGAUCUGCUUUUGCUGGAAUAUCUUUGAAAUCACCCCCAAAAAGCUGGACUCUUUCCCACAUAAUAAAUUAAUACAUCUCAGAAUCCGCAGUUUUUUCUUUUCUUGUGAGUGUUGAGGCUUUUGAGACCAGGAAUUUAAAUGUUCUAGCAGAUUUCCAUGAGGCAAACUUUUAUGAUAAAAUCUGCCUCUAAAUUGAUGUUUAAACUGCUAUUUCUUAAUCUCAUAUUUGUAUAAUAUAGUUUAUUGGCUGUGUUAUCAUUCACUAACAAAUAACUGUUUUGUUUUUCUUUUGGAGACUUAACACAUGGUAUAAAGGUAAUAAUUUCAUACGGAUAUCCUCCUGUCUGUCAUGUAACACUGUUGCUGAUAUUUGACAAGUGACGUGUGUGAUCCUGGGGGUUUUCUUUCUUUGAUAGGUAUUCUUGAAGGCCUCCAUUGCAGUUGCCGACAGUACUACAGCCGCAGCCAUCGUGUUCCUUAUUGACCGAUUUCUUUACUGGACAGAUGCCUCCACCAGGCUCCUGCGGGUUGCCAAGGCAUUGCAUAAAAUAUGGCCCGAUACACCAAUUGCACCACAAGUUGUUAUACGGCAAGCUCGCAUCUCGGUAAACUCAGGUGAUGAAACGUGCUCGUUGAUCUUUCUCUGUUUUCUUGGCUUAGUCCUAAUUAGAGACUACUUGACUUUCAAGAGAACACUUUGUGCUAUUAUAGGAAUGAUAUUCCUCUGAACUCAGGGGCUUCUUUUCACUCCAAGAGCCAACCUCCCCUUGCACUUACAAAGGAGCCAAGAUAAAGAGUUUCUGAGCCAAAAGAGGUAGAGAGAUUUGUGAAAAGGGCGUGGAAAAUACUAAUUGGGGCUUUUGUUCUCUAACAAAUAUUCCCUGCUGGUUUCAAACAGGGGUAUCUGAAUUGCUUUACUUGUGAUGAAGAGCUCCUAUAAAAUAGCACACAGGCUGGGUACUUUCUCAGAGCUAUGCUAUCUGACCACUUGACUAGCUAACAAAACACUGCACUUAUUUGGUAUUUUUUAAUUUUAUUUAUUAUAAGUAAACUUCUCACUGUUUAUGUUUUACUGUACAGACUGCAAAGUUACAGUCAUUUGUUGGAUAUUCCUAUGACAUCUACUGAAACAUUUAUUUAUAUGUUAAUAUAGAUUUAAAGUCAAUUUAUCUUUACUGUUAUAUACAUUAUUGCAAGUCAGAAGAUACGGUUAUAAAAGAAUAAACACAACUAUAUGAUGCAGGACAAUAGAGUGGUUGCUCAGUUUCCUUUUCCCACACAAUUAGCAAUUAUAAUAUUAAUAAACACGUGGAUUUAUAGUAAAACAUAAAAAUCUUCCCUAAACACAUUUUUUUCAACUAAUGUCCUCUAUAUUAUAUAUAAAUAUGAAUCUCCAAAAUAAAAAUGAGUGCAGACCCAAAUGAGUGUCUCAAAAAUAUGGUCAGAUUCUUGGGAGUGAGGAGUAUAACAACACAAUUAUAUCCAUAUAGAGAGUACGUGCAAGACUUAAAACAAAACAUAGUGUAAUAAGUAGUACAAACUACUAUAAAGCCAUAAAAUGUUAAAAAAUCCCUUCACGUACAAUAAUGCACAAAUAGCUUUUUUCUGGAUACAGUUUCCAUCUCCUUAUAAUAAGGGUUACUCCUACCAACAUGACCACUUCUGCUUUUAGAAGUAGUCAUGGUAGUAGAAGUCUGUUUCUGCUUGAAACGCUCCACAUCCAGAGACAUUUUCACUUUUUUUUACCCCACCAGGUGCCUACACAAAGAGGACACCUUCAUACUUCAUAGAUCUAUGCAUUUCAUCUGGAUCUAGCCUUAAUAUUUACGAAAACCUGAGACACUAAGAGGGAGAUUUAUCAAGGCAAAAACAGGUGCUCUUCUAAUGUUUACUACUAAAUAAGGAGCAAUCACCAUGGAAACCAACGCGAUGUCUCUCAUCAUUUAGCACUUUGCUCCUGUUGCCCCUUAGCACCUGUUUUUCCUUGAUACAUUUCCUGAUAAUUUAGGUUAGCAAUGCAUAAUUACAGAUGUCAUAUUGUUGUAAGGUUUUAAGGAAAUUGGUUUAUCUGAUAUCCAGUGUGCUAAUUCCUUAAGACGUGAAGGAUCCCAAAACCCUUUUGAACAGUUCUGAGUUUAAUAAAACUAAACUGUUUUUGCAUCCUCAAUGACUGCAUUGGGAAUAUCUGAUCUGAAACUAGGUUCAAUAUGUGUGUUUAUGAUUAAAAUCUACACAUUCAAACUUUCUGCCCACUUUUAUCCACAGGAAAGCUUUUAAAAGCAGAAUAUAUUUUAAGCAGUUUGAUCAUCAACAAAGGAACAACAGGUGAGAGGUUUAAAUCAUAGUAAGAAAUUUGCUUCUAAAACAGUCGUAUUCUGUUCUGCCCUAAUGACAUUGUUACACCUGCCAAUAUGAAAUAUAUUGAUCAUAUAGAACAUGUUAAGUGACACAUUAAUUCUGCUAUGUUUUGGAGUGAACAGCUUCAUAUAUGAAAAACUAACAAAACCACGUUAAGCAUACAUAUGGAUUUGUGGGAACUAAUUAGCAGAUUUAUUCAGGGAUACCCUAAUAAAUAUUUAAACUCAGGGCUAAUUUUACUUAUUGAAUUAAACCUGUCUCCAAUUGGUUUUGUUAAUUAAACUUUUUGUAGCAUCACAUAUGCAAUGUACACAGAGAGUAAUCAGAAGUGAAAUUGAAAAGGUGUCAAAUUUGAAUAAAAUUAAAAGCGCAGGUAACAGAAAACCACUCCACCUUUUUAUAAAAAGGAAAAGAGAUGGGUAAUCAAAUGUAGUGAUGCUUUGUCUGUCAAGUGAGUGAAAUAUGUAUUCUAGGAAGUUAUAAGAAAUAAGCAUCAAAAGUACCAUGGGUGCAAGAAACAAUCCGAAUCAGAUGAAUUAAAGAACCAUUUGUGAGAAGCGUCCUAAAGAGAAGACCAAAGAAUCCUUUCUUGAAACGUAAUAAAAAGAAACAAGUGUGGUUAAAAGGUGUAAAUCAAAGAACAUAUAUAAAGUUAAUAAGGUUAUUGUAUAGUGCAGGCGAAACACACAGCAAGCAUAAAUUCGCUUACACUUGAGAGUGUAGUAGUGCAAUCUCGAUACUCUUCAAUAACUUCAAAAUGAAGAACAACACACGUAGUGCAACAAUGCAAAUAAAAGCAAUAAAACAGAAUAUAUGGCACUUUUUUUUCACUGAGGCUGUAAAACCCCUUCGCAUACCCCAGGUAAUUUGCCAAACCAUUCUCAAACAGUUUGGCUGCUUAUCCUGGGAAGGCACCAUGGCAUGGAUCUGUAAUUCUUAUUGUACUUUGAGGUUUGUUUUGUGCUCCGCUGCAAUUCCGAAUUCCAAGCCAAAAUACAUCUGAAUUACAAACCGAUUACGAAAUAUGCAAUGGAGAACAUUUUUGGCUCAAGUCUCUGGAUUCUGCCGUGAGAUAAUUGAUGGGUACAGUCACUAAAUGUUAAUUUUAUUUACAGAUCAAGUGAGAAGUGAGCAGUAGAGGGGGACAAAGGAGGGGCACUCUAUAAUAUAUAUAUUCUUAUAUGUUUAAUAAAUAUAUAACAUACAAAAAUAGAUUAUUUUCCUUUAAAAUUAUUUCUUUUUUUCUGCUCUACUUAUUUUUCCCUCUUUUGGUUACUUUUUCUCAUUUGAUCUGUGAACCAAGUGGCAGGAAAUUGCUCAUACUAGUGUACUGCAAAAUAUGUACAUGCUAUGUACAUAUACAUGUUUUGCACCGAUUGGCCCAUUUCUGUGCCUUUUUUGUUUUUGAGUCGAUUCCUAAAUCGUAAUCUAUGUUCUGAAAUUCUGCAAAGCCCGAAUCUGUCAUCAACUGAAAUCUCACCCAAAAAAUUUUGGUUCACUCGAGCCAAAUUGUCUCACUGUGCACAAGUAGUGUUCUUACUGUGUUUCGAUUGUUCCUUUAAAAAAAAAAAAAAAAAAACUUGACAAAAAUGUAAAUAAAAGCAGCAUAUUAAUGCCAUAUAACUGGAUUUAGUAUUUAUCCAUAGAGAUCAAGAAGAUCUAUAUUGUUUGUAUAUUAUAUACUUUAUAUAGACUUCUAAUACCUAUAUGUUCAUACCUAAGCUAAAUAUGCUAAUCAUCCCUACGUAAUAAAUGCUGUUUCUACUUAAUCAUGUAAUCAGCUAUUUAUUGCAUUUAAUAACAUUAUAAGUUUUAACCUCAUACUGUAAGUGUAAGAUUUCAAAAUCCUAAACUAAGCCAUACACGCACCACAGUAUAAGAAAUAUUUUGGCUUCUUACAAGCCAAUUCUCAUCCUCCAUCACGUAGAGAAGAUUUUCAGGCAGACUGAUCUUGUAUUCACUGAACUAAUUGCAAAUGUUUAUGUAUAUAUCACCAGUGUGUGAAGUGCGAUAUGCCUUCAGAUAUGAUACAAUUCAAGUCCAUAUCAACCUGUGCAUAUCCAAAUUACUGGGUGUCUCAAAGAAUUAGUCUAACAGAUUUGCCUGUAGUUUUGCUACCAUGUCAAGCCAGGAUUGGUAAAUCUUUGUAGAAUUUAGAAAUCAAUCAGGCAUUUUUAGGGGCUUAACUGAUUUUCUCAGGAAACACAUGUAAAAUAAUGAAAAACAUAUGGCAACCACCAACGUUGGCUUUUUGUGUAUGAAAAAAACCACGACCAAAAUUAUGAAAAAUUGCUACGGAAAUCAGUAUUCUUAGUCAGGAGGUUAAAAUUAGGAAAUGUCAAGACUAAUAGGGAUAUAUUUGUUGUCUAAAUACUUUGGGUUUUUUUUCUCCCCUUUAAAUGUAUUGACUUGUAUUUCAUGUUUGUGAAACAAAUAGGUUCUUGGCAUUAUGCUACUGAAAACGACAGAAUUCUUGUGCAGUCUGUGUGUGUACAGAUCAGAGGACAAAUUCUGCAGAAAUUGGGUAAGGCUAUUCUAAUCAAAUUCUCUUACAACUAUCCUUAUGAAAAUGCAAAGACUUCUUGACCAGCUUUCUUCAUUAAAUUAUGUAAUUUAAUAAAAACUAAACAAACUUUACACUUUAAUGGCCAUUGCAGUGAUACUAAAAAAACUCCCUUUAUUUAAAUGUGCAUAGGGAUUUGGUAUAACUUUUUUCUUUGUUUUUUUUAUUGUAUGUUUUGUGGCUGAUGUGUACUAUAGACAUCGCUGCCGCCCAAAAGUAGUGGGAGUUUGAGUGCAGGGCUUAAUUUUGUAUGAUUAGUAAAGACUAUAUGUGUUUGCCUGAUUUUUAUUUAGUUAGGGUUCCAUUAAUCUUAUAUCAGUACUUGGUUAUAAGAUUAAUGCCUUAGGUUGGUGGGAGUUACACUACUGGGCACCAGAUGCUGUUUGCAUCUGCUGUUUAUAGUUCAGCCUUUCUCCUGUCAGAAGAAUGACUACAGCAGAGCUGGGGAGACAGAAUCAUGCUGUUCUGUCUCCUCUGCCGUUUCAUCAGCUGAAAUAGUGACAAUUGAAAAUGAUGGUGUAAAAGAACAUAUUCAAAAUGACUUUUUCUGUAGAUCUUUACCGUUUUAGGCAUCCUACAUAUUUCCCCUUUAUUAACUCCAGAUUCCUUUUUUUUUUUUGUUUACCUUGCAGGCUUGUGGUAUGAAGCAGCUGAGUUGAUUUGGGCCUCCAUUGUUGGGUUUUCUGAGCUGCCCAACCCAGAUAAAAAGGUAUAUAUUGGCUUUAUUUUACUGUCCCACCGAGCAGAAUGUUGCAGCAAUUGAUGCGGAAGCAGGCUGAGUAAUCAGCUUCACAUUCCCUGCAAAACAUCAGAAAGCAGGGAGAGUCUCUGUGUGUUGACUCCACCUCUGUAAUCUUUGAUGAGAGCUAAAGUGAUAGUUUGAAGGGGUUAUAUACACAAAAGCAAAUAAUUUAAUGACAGACUUGUGUCUGGUUCAAUCAUAUGGAUCUUUACUCUCCGUCCUGCUAAUGAGAUGCAGUGAGGAAGUUUUUAGCUUGCAGGGUAACGAGGAGCACUAAUUACUGUUUUAAGUAAUUGAUCAAUUAUUAAAGUCUCGAAGGGAUGCUGUAUAUGCAGAAGGAAAGUCUCUUUUUAAUCCUUUGCAGCAAAUGAUGAUGGCAAAGAGACCUUCCCUCCCUCCAAGCAAUGCGGUCUUACACAGUAAAGGGAUCACUUGCUCGGUGACUGCUAUGCCCUUCAGCAUAAAUCCACUUUUUUUAAAAACAAAUUUUGGUACUUAGGGACCCACCACCCCCCUUCAUUAAGGGCAGCAAGUUGCAAGUGACAAUGCACUAAGCAUGCAUAUUAUUAGAAUUAUUUUCAGAGAGAUUUAUAUAAUAUGUGGUUUUAAGAAAUUGUUACCCCUGCUGCCAAGGAUUUUGGUAGUUUGUAAAUUCUCUGUACAUAAAUGCAAAUAAAAUUCCAUAUUAGUUUAUUAAAGGAACACUAUAGUCACCUAAAUUACCUUAGCUAAAUAAAGCAGUUUUAGUGUAUAGAUCAUUCCCUGCAAUUUUACUGCUUAGUUCACUGUCAUUUAGGAGUUAAAUCACUUUGUUUCUGUUUAUGCAGCCCUAGCCACACCUCCCCUGGCUAUGAUUGACAGAGCCUGCAUGAAAAAAAAAACUGGUUUCACUUUCAAACAGAUGUAAUUUACCUUAAAAAAUUGUAUCUCAAUUUCUAAAUUAAUCUUUAAUCACAUACAGGAGGCUCUUGCAGGGUCUAGCAAGCUAUUAACAUAGCAGGGGAUAAGAAUAUCUUAAUUAAACAGAACUUGCAAUAAAGAAAGCCUAAAUAGGGCUCUCUUUACAGGAAGUGUUUAUGGAAGGCUGUGCAAGUCACAUGCAGGGAGGUGUGACUAGGGUUCAUAAACAAAGGGAUUUAACUCCUAAAUGGCAGAGGAUUGAGCAGUGAGGCUGCAGGGGCAUGUUCUAUACACCAAAACUGCUUCAUUAAGCUAAAGUUGUUCAGGUGACUAUAGUGUCCCUUUAAUAUCUCUAUAAUUAACUGCAGUGAAGAAAACAUGUUAACCAUUUUAGAAACCUAUUAAUGGUCUGCUUUAUAGUGGUUCACAGAACAUUACAUAGUUACAUAGCUGAAAAGAGUCAAGCGUCCAUCAAGUUCAGCCUUUCUCACAUAUGGUUUUGCUGUUGAUCCAAAAGAAGGCAAAAAAACUUAGUUUGAAGUCCUUCCAAUUUUGCAACAAUCAAAACCCCAGAAUGGCAGUCAGAUCUCUCCUUGGAUCAUGAAGUUCUUUCCCCACAAUUUAAAAUGAUAUGCUUUAAUAUUAUGUUUUUUUUCAAUCCAGUUGCUGUUUAAACAUCUGUACAGACUCUAUUUAAACUACCUCUUCAGGCAGAGAAUUCCACAUUCUUGUUCUUACCGUAAAAAAAAAUCCUUUACUUUGCCUGAGACUAAAUUUCCUGUCUUCCACUCUAAAUGAUCUUGUGUCCAAUGUAUAAUCCAGUUUAUGAACAUAUUUCCAGACAAUGGUUUGUAUUGGCCCAGAAUAUAUUUGUAUAAUACUAUCAUAUCCACUCUGAGGCAAAAUUUUUCUAACCUAAAGAGAUUUAAAUAUGUUAACCUUUCCUCAUAAAUAGAAUGUUCCAUUAAUUUUAUUAAUUGUGUAGCCUGUCUCUGUACAUGAAUAUGUAAUGCAAAAUACUAUAUUCUGAUGACUGAGAUAUAAAUAAGAAUAAACCAUUGAGUUGAAAAUCUAAUGCUAGUAUCCAUAAUUGUGAUAAAUAACUAGAAUUGAUUUGAGUACAUGAUCGUAAUACGUUUACAUUACAAAUUUGCUAGGUGUGAGUGAACAUCUUUACCUCUCAAGCUACUUUCCUAUGGUCCCCAAAUAUUGUCGAUGAAUAAUGAAUAUCAGGAAUCCAGAUAAUACUGAUGUGUCCCUGAAACAUUCACAUAAUCUCAGCAGCCACCAGGCAAUCAGUAUUUUAACAGCUCAGUGGUCAUAUAUACAGAUACAACUUUUUGGGAUAUCUAACUGAUUGCCUUUAGUUCCUUAUUUUGCACACGAGGUGUGUGUCUGCAGUAAGCUGUAAAUCUGUCACCUGAUUCUCAACUUCAGUUGGGGGUUUGGUUGGUAAAUGAGAACAAUGUGCCUGACACCUGUUACUUUAAUCAGUGCCUGCAUACCUGUAAUUAGUGACUAACACUUUUUUUCUUUGCCAUUGCAGGGAAUAGCCACAUCUUUAGGUGUUUUGGCAGACAUUUUUAUUUCAAUGAGUGAAGAAAACUAUCAAAGGUUCAAAAAGAGUAGUCAUGUCUGUCUGGUAAGGUACUCUCCUGUGUUUUAAACCAUGUCAUUUGUACUACAUGUAAAUAAAACCUGUACUACAAAAGGCAAUUCAAGGUACUGUUAUACUGGUCUCCUCGGUCGUAUAUGUGUUUUGCCCGAGUCUUGUUUGCAUGCUGUUUUUUUGACUUGCUUAUGAAGAAAAAAUAUUUAAUAAUAUUUAACAUUAUAUUUAUUAUAAGCAUUUAUAUAAAAACAACAUAUUUUGUAGUGCAUUACAUUUAUAGAAUUUGACUACAAGUUAUACGUAGUAAGUCAUAUAACAUAUUAACAAUAUUAAAGAAAUACUAGAUAAAUGAUAUGAUGUCAGAGGGGAGGAGGGAGUGAUGGAUAAGAUGCCUGUGCUGCAAUGAGCAGUAAAAGUGGUAUGUGGAACAAGGGAAGAGUGAAAGGAGAGAGAGAGCUGGGAUACGGCAGUGAGGGAACUAAGGAGAGCAUUUGUAAUUAGAGAUGUGUUGCCCAAGAAGAUGGUAAGAUUCCCUAAAGAGGUAUGUUUUAAUUGACUUCUCAAAGGACUGGAGAAAGAGGCCUUAAAAAAAAUCCUGAUGGUGAGAGUUAGUAGUGUGGGAAUGAGGAGAUGACAGGAGAAGAUUGCUUGCAAUCUGAAGGUAACAAGAAGAGGUGCAUUCAUUCAGUAAAAAGGAAAUGUAGCGAUGAUUGGAAUUAAUGAGGGCUUUGUAGGUUUGCAUUUUGAAUUGGAUCCCAAAGGGUAGAAGAAGCCAAUAUAGGGAUGAGGUGUGGGAGUAGUUGUGAAUCAGAAAGAUAAGUCUAGCAGCAGCAUUCAUCGUAGACUGAAGAGGAACAACGCAGGUGUUUGUGUGUGUGAUGAGUAUUGCAUUGCAAUAGUGUGGAAAUAAUGAACACAAGUAACUUAGCUGUAUCUUGAGUUAGAAAGGGGUGAAUGUGGGCAAUUUUUUAAAGGUUGAAUUUACAGCAUUUGGAGACAGAUUGGAUGUGAGGAGUCAAAAGUAAAAGAAAAGCAGCAAGCUUGAGGGGUGUGGCAAUAGGUAUCCUAUUCAUGGGGGGAGAUAGAUGGAGGUGGGCUAUUUGUUGGGGAAAUUAUGAGAAGUUCCAUUUUAGAAAACAGGAAGACAUCAAGUUAAGGAUGGAAAAGAGGCAGUUUGUGACUUGUUGAAAGUAAGUAGUAGAGGUCAGAGGAGGAGAGGCAAAUGUGAGUAUCGUCCAUAUAUAGAUGGUAUUUAAAUCCAAAAGACUUAAUAUGGUUACCAAGAGAAGCAGUGUAAACGAUGAAUAAAAUUGGAGCAAAAAAGAGCCAUGGGGAACACCAACUAAGACUGGCAGUGGGGAGGAGGUAGCACCAGUGAAGGAGACACUAAAUCAUUGUUCAUAAAGAUAGGAUGAAAACCAGGAAAGUACAGUGUCACGGAUUCCAAUGUUGUGGAGGGUUUUAAGAAGAAGAGAGUGUUCAACAGGGAUAUUCAUAGUCUAUAAAUUCUGCCUUCUUUUUUCUAUUAAUGCUACAUUACUUUCUUAUUAAAUGCAGCCUUCUUGUAAAUAACAAUUUAUGAAAAUAAUCUUAACCCAGGACAUAUACUCGGAUAAUUCUCAACCAUUUGAGCAAACUCUUUUUUUCACAUUGCACUUAACAUUUUCAGACAUAUUUGAGUAACAUUUGAUGGAAAUCUUCUCAAAGUUUCUUCUGUCUGUUUCAUCAUCUGGUCUUUAAUUUGUUUGAAUUAUUUCAACCAAGAAUGUGGUGGAUAUUACAGGGAUGUACCUUCUCCCCAUUAUUUUGUUCUUUGCUAUCCAUGUCACUCAAUACCCUGCUAGAAACCCAUAUUAUUUAUUGUCCCAUUAUUAAAACUCACUUGCCUUUGGUUCUUUUGAUUCCUUCUAAAUCUGAACAGUGCAAUUUGUUUUAUUUGGCAGAGCUUACUGGAAGAGUUUGAUCACCGGUUGCUGUCUGCGGCAGAGGCUUGCAAACUGGCUGCUACCUUCAGUUCAUACACUCCACUCUUCGUUCUCACCAAUCUGGUAACUGAGUGUCACAAGCUACUCAUCUUAUGGUUUCACAUUUAAAACUGCAAGGGACAUAUAGACACUGACAACUUCAGAAGUACAGUAACUUGUUAGUUAUAUAAAAGUGGACUUUUCAUCUAGCAAUUAUCAUUACUAUAUUUAUCACUGUUAAAAUCUUGUAAUAAACUCCUCUUCUAUGAGGAAGCUGUCCACUGAGUCUUUAAACCGAUUGCAUUCCAACAGCAAAAACUAACAAAAACACUAGUGAUUAAACAUCCUAGUUUACCUUGUAAAGUUGUUCUCAUUAAAGGCUAGCAUUAACGUUAAUAUCGCCCUCUCAGGAUCCUCAGUUCAUAUUCAUAAACUGAAACUGUAUGAAUUAUUUAUUUUGACACAAUAACACCAAAAGAACUGUUUGCCCCCUUAUGUCAAGGCAGCAAUGAGGGCAUGGAAAAUUCUUCCUAUUGUGACAGCCCUGGUGAGAUAUCUGAAAUAGGGACAUUAAAAUGUUUUUUUACACUUGGAAUUAUUACAACCAACUUCUUCAGGGAUGUUUCUAUUGUUAUUUUGUUGGUUUAACCGCUGGAUUUCUUCAGAUUUAAUUGAUAGUUGAGAGAUGGCUCAGUGGUCAAGGAAUUACAGCUGUUGCAGUCACAGGUUUGAUUCCUGGAAAUGUCAUUUCACUCUUUCAUUCUUCCAAGGUUGAUGAAAUGAGCACCAAUUCGAAAAAUUAGAAUAUCGUGCAAAAGUUAAUUUAUUUCAGUAAUGCAACGUAAAAGGGGAAACUAAUUUAUGAGAUAGACGCAUUACAUGCAAAGCAAGAUAAUUCAGCUCAUGAAAACCCCAAAUCCACAAUCUCAAUAAAAUAGAAUAUUACAUGCAAUCAAUAAAACAAGGAGUGUACAUAGAACAAUAUCGGACCUCUGAAAAGUAUAAGCAUGCAUAUGGACUCAGUACUUGGUUUGGGCCCCUUUUGCAGCAAUUACUGCAUGGAAGCUAUCAGCCUGUGGCACUGCUGAGGUGUUAUGGAAGACCAGGAUGCUUCAAUAGCGGCCUUCAUCUCUUCUGCAUUGUUCGGUCUGAUGUCUCUCAUCUUUCUCUUGGCAGUGCUCCAUAGACUCUCUACGGGGUUCAGGUCAGGCAAGUUUGCUGGCCAAUCAAGCACAGGAAUCCCACGGUCAUUGAACCAGGCUUUGGUGCUUUUGGUAGUGUGGGCAGGUGCCAAGUCCUGCUGGAAAAUGUAGUCAGCAUCCUCAUAAAGCUCGUCUGUGGAAGGAAGCAUGAAGUGCUCCACAAUCUCCUGGUAGACGGCUGUGUUGACCCUGGACUUAACGAAGCACAGUGGACCAACACCAGCAGAUGACAUGGCUCCCCAAAUCAACACAGACUGUGGAAACUUCACACUGGACUUCAAGCAUCUUGCAGUGUGUGCCUCUCCAUUCUUCCUCCAGACUCUGGGUCCUUGGUUUCCAAAAGAGAUGCAAAAGUUGCUCUCAUCAGAAAAGAGGACUUUGGGCCACUGAGCAACAGACAACGUCUGUUUUUCUUUAGCCCAGGUAAGAUGCUUCUGACGUUAUUUGUUGUUCAGGAGUGGCUUGGCAAGAGGAAUAAGACAUCUGAAGCCCAUGUCCAGGAUCCGUCUGUGUGUGGUGGCUCUUGAUGUACUGACUCAGUCCACUCCUUCUGAAAGUCCCCAACACUUUUGAAUGGCCUUUUACUGACAAUCCUCUCCAGACUGCGGGCAUCCCUGCUGCUUGUGCACCUUUUUCUUCCACACUUUUCCCUUCCAAAUAACUUUCUAUUAAUGUGCUUUGAUACAGCACUUUGUGAACAUCCAACUUCCUUUGCAAUUACCUUUUGAGGCUUUACCUCAUUAUCAAGGGUGUCAAUGAUGGUUUUCUGCACAACUGUCAGGUCAGCAGUCUUCCCCAUGAUUGUGAUUCCUACUGGACCAGACUGAGAGACCAUUUAAGGGCUCAGAAACCUUUUGCAGGUGUUAUGGCUUACUUAGCUGAUUAGAGUGUGACACUGUGAGCCUAGAAUAUUGCACCUUUUCACAAUAUUCUAAUUUACUGAGAUUGUGGAUUUGGGGUUUUUCAUGAGCUGUAAGCCAGAAUCAUCGCACUUAUGACAAAUCACAGCUUGAACUAUCUUGCUUUGCAUGUAAUGCUUCUAUCUUAAAUAUUAGUUUCCCCUUCUAUGUUGCAUUACUGAAAUAAAUAAACUUUUGCACGAUAUUCUAAUUUUUCGAGUAUCACCUGUAGACCCCAGGAUGCACAUGAAAAUUUGUUACAAGCUCAAUGUACCAUUCCUGGCUAAAUACUUUGAUAGUAUUAAUAUUAUUAUUCAUCAAUUUGUCACUAAAAAUAGUAUUAGUAGCAAAAUAUACAUUAAAUAACAUUUUUAUUUGAUUUCCAGAACAUUCGUGGUACAUGCCUGUUAUCCUACAGUUUAUCAAAAGAAUGUCCCAAACAGAAUAGAUUGCAUUAUCUGUCAGAAGCAAAGGAGUCAUUUGAAAUUGGUCUUCUCACCAAGAAAAAAGGAGAACAGGUUACAAGCAAACAGGAACUUCACAGCUUUGUCAAAUCAGCCUAUAGUCUUUCAAUUGUACAUAGGUGGCUUCAUGGUGAUAAUGUUCGCAAUAAAGAGGUGACCCUACUAUGCAGAGAGGCAAUGGAGAAGCUAGCCAUGUAUAGUGUAUUAACAGACAAACAAGAUAAAGGAAAUCUUGCUAACCAUAUCAUGUACCUGGUAGAAUCUUUGAAAGAGCAGCUAAUGGUAGAUGCUUUCCCAAAAUCAGACGAAUGUUCUUACGUGCCUGACAGCUACAGGGACUGCUUGAAGAAAACCAUUGUGAAUGGAAAAGUGAGGUUCAGUGUUAUAUUGAACUUGUUUUCUUACCAUCACAAAUCAGUGUGUGAUGCCUUUCAAAGUACCUGCAGAAAUCAGAAUGCAGGAGAAGUAGAAUCUGGAGUUUGUGUGACAGCCUUAAAAACCCUUGAUACGGUCAGUACAACAGAAGACAUUGAUUGCCCAACAACCGGAGAUAGUGACCUACGCAGCCGGAAAGAUAACAGUAGGAGAAUGGGAAUUGAACGGUCUAAUGCAAUAAACCAUUUUCCAGGUGAUGAGAAACGAAAGUUAUUCAGUAGGUCAAAUAACAGUAAUAGUUCUACCUCUGGUUCUUUGAAAUCAUGGUGCAAUGUGUCAAAUUCCUCUUCCAGCUGGGAAUCAUUCGGUUUUAAUAAUGAACUGGAUGAGUUUAAAGAGGCUGGUAUAGAUGGAGGUAAAAUAGGUAGCCCUUGCUCUACAGCAGCAUCUGAUGACAUUGAUGAAAAUUGCCCAGGAGUAAGUAAAGAUCCAGAGGAUAUCUCUUUUGAGCACCUCUCUAUACAUGAAACAGAGGAGGCAAGAUCUCGUCCCAAUAAUCAACACACCCUGGUUAAUAAGACAAAUGAAUCGGAAACUUCUGUUAUUGGCAGCAGAUUGGCCACAACUGUGCCUGAUGUCAGAGGCCAAAAUCCAUGUUUGGGUGCUAAUUUUUAUGAGAUUUUUGACCCCACUGCUGAAACAGAGUCUGCCACCGAUACAACCAACCAGCCAACUGAUAUUGCAAAAAAUGACCAUUCAGUGAAACUAGAUCUUGCUGGAAAAAUGUUGUCUUGUGGAAUAGACCCAGAAGGUGAAACGGUGGACACCACAGCAGAUUUGUCAGUUAGUACACAUGAGCCUUCAACCAAGAAAUUCCCAUAUCCUUCUACCAGUAAGAAUGAAGUCAAACACCAGCUCUCUGUCGUGUCUUCUGAAGAUGGAUUUGUUGCUCUUAAUAUGGAAACAAACUCACAGGAUGUGUAUGAAGUUAGUGUUCUCAAAAAGCAACAGUCUGCAGACAGUGCAUCUAGCAAAAGAACUCUGCAACAACAGAAGAGCACACAUAGUGUAAGCUCAAAGUCCGACCACAGCAAUGUAUUGCCAGUUGAUUUUGCAUGUGAGACUACCGAGGAGGAAGUGGAUAAGUUAAACUUGAGCUUUACUAGUAGCCAUAGUUCUCUCUCCUGGAGCAAAUCAGCACAGUUUUCGAGCAGCCUUUCUGAUUCAAACUCUUUUCUAAACUCUAGUGGGAGUUCAUUUGUUUUCCUUAAAUUUGAUGAUUCAAAAAUAAUACGUCCACUGCCUCCAUUAGAUGAUAUGGAAUAUGAACACCUUCUUUCAGGUGUUGAUAAUGAUUGGCUUCUGAAAAAGCUGGAGGGCACUGAGAAGAUAAAUUCUUUACCCCUGCACAGUGCAUACAGUGAGUAUUAAUUGAGACUUUUUCAUACCUUUAAUGGACACUGCAGAUAAAUGUUGAAAAACCAUUUAGGCAAUCCUUUUUUUGUCCUUGUAGUAAAUCCGUUAAAGUAUGAUAAAAAUAUAUUUCUUCUAAUUAUACUUUGCAUUAUGCCCUACGGCAACAAUUUAGGUUUUUCCAAUGUUGCUGCAAUGAGUGUGACCUGUGCAUUACCAGCAUUUUUGUAUUGCAGUCAGUGGGAGCUGUAUUUUCUGGCCUACCUUUUAUUGGACAGUAAAGUUGUCUUUGGCCUAACUUUUAUUGGAUUCCAUCUUAACUAAACAGAGAGAGAGAGAAUGUGUGUGUGUUAUGCCUGUCAUGUUUUUGCCUUUUCUGGGCUUGUAUGCCCCUCUAUGGUUGUCACACAGUCCAAAACACUAGCUUUCCCCCUAUUACCCUGCCCACUGGCAUCCCAAUGUUGGAGGUUGUGCAUAUGUCUGUGUGUUGGUGUAGAUUAUGUGUUUGUGUAUUUGUCUGUUUGAGUGUGUAUACCUCUGUGUAUGUGUAUUUCAAUGUAGGCAUAGAUCAGACUCCCUUAGACUUAACACAGUGAUCCCAGUCUUGCAGCUAGUCUUUCAGCCCCAGACUGAACACAGUGAUCCCAGUCUUUACAGAAUCAGUCUUGCAGCCUCAGAGAUGGCAAAGCACUGCAGGCAGAGUAAGUAGGCACUUGUGCCACCUCUAACAGACAUGUGUAUGUAGGCAGAUGCCUACUCUGCCUAAUGGAAAAUGUGAUCAUGGAGGUGUGGGUGAUAUUUUUGAUGCAAUUUAUAAUUAAUGUUAUAUGCCAUAUUUAUUUUGGAUGAUGGAAGUGUGUGUUAAUGAAAGAUUCUGUAUGUAAUACAAGUUCAUUGUAUCUCUACUGACAGUGCCAUAUGCUAUUUCAAUUACAAGGCACAUGUUUUUUGCCACAAAGACUUUGUCAAUGACAAAGAACAACACUAUCAAUUGUGCAUCUUUUUUAUGUUUUUCAACAAGUCAUGUAAUUUUCUUAACUAUAACCAACCACGGAAUUGUGAUGUCCGAAAGACUUUAUUUUAGGAAGGUGGCCUACAUUACAAAAUAUAAAAAUGUGAGAAGAGAUGUAUUACAACGCCUUCUGUAAACUCUAGUUCCAUUUGCACAAGAUAAUAAAUUAAGCUCAAUCUUGCAGAUGUUGUUAAACAGUUUCUCAUCCAUCUUCUUUCUGCUAAAGAUGUCCACUAUUUGUCUAUUUUUUAAUAAGUAACAGUUGCUUGCAGCAUUGCCCUGAAAAACACUGAAAUAAGAAAUUAUACCCUACCAAGAACCCCUGGAUAGAAACCUAUUACUGACGCUGUGUGAAAGUUCAUCCAGAUACUAAGUUAAGAACAAACCUUUCUUCUAUGUGAAGAGAGAAGCAUGAUGGAGUCGAAAGAGGUUUACAACCACAUAAAACAUAUUAGUUUUUUUUCCCUUAGGCUGUGAGCAGUUAACUUAAAGGUAGAGUAAUGGCACACUAAUGUCCAAGGAAGUGUCUGCUUUAAUGGUUGUUUAAAAUGUCUGUAGAGUCAUUAUUAGUUAGUAAGUGAAUAGCACAUAGACAUUGCACCAGGGGCUUUACUUUAAAUUUCCUGUCCUAGAUUAGAAGAGUUUAUUGGCCAGUAGUAGCCCUUCUCCUAAGCAUUUCACAGACAUGCUUGUUUGUCACGCUUCACUCAACAGCCACUAAAACAUGCAACCAACACCACACAUGCAUGAACAGAUUUGUCUGCAAUAAGCCUUGUACUUACUCAUCCUUAAAGCUGUGUAUUGCUGGAGGAUAAAACUUCACACAAUAUCUAUAGAUUUGUCCUAUAAAACUGCAAAAGUAAACUCUGUGAAUGAGUACAGGAUUUUGUAACUAAAAAUCUUAGUUUCAUUGGGCACCUCUAGCCCUAUUACUGUUAAGAGGAUCACCUUUUGGUCCCACUAGUAUUAAUAUAGACAGAGGGAUUGAGCACCGUCUGAAUCUGGGAGAUUUUGUUGACCUGAUCAUUACCCUCCAUCUUACUGCUCACGGGACAGAGGAGCAAUGAGAGACUAUGGACAUGUUUCGUACCUACAUAAACAAUGGAAUAUUUGUUUCCCUUUAUACAUUUUAUUUUCACUGCAAAGUACCUGAUUUUAUAGUAAUAAAGUAGAAAGCUUUGAUUCUCUGGAGGAUUUUAGAAGUGCUUAGCCACCCUCCAUAAAUUAUUUUGACUUACCACUUUCUCUUGUAUUAUGUAUAUUUUAUUCAGAUGCUUUGCUUCUGAAGUUCUCCAAGAACUCAGAGUUGUGGACAGCCCAGGAAACGUUUGUGUACUUUGGUGAUUAUGUGGCCGUUUCUAAACCAGGUCAACAACGAAAUGCUUUCUGGAUUCACUGUUUACACCAGGACGAGACUUUGGGAAGGUAAUUAAUUUAUAUUUAAUAUAAGCUAAAGUUGUCUACUCAGUACCGUUAGAAAAACAAAUGUCCUUCUCUGUUGUUGAUAUAUAAGAUCAUUGUUAAGAAGCACCAUAGAAUAACUGGACCUUUACUCCUUCUAUAAUACAUUCAUGGGUUUUGGCAAACUCCAGUCCAAUUAAUCAUUGCCCUCUCCUGGCCCUUUUUCUUCAACAUGGGAAAGAGGGUCCCAAACUCUCCAGCUUUGUAUUGGCUAAAGGGCCAGAUAGUCCCCAUCUCUCUGACCACUUCUCUUUUAGCAGGGUGAUAAGAUAUAUAGUCUACUGGCCCUUUUAGCCUUUUCAAGAUCAGGAGACUAUCAUCUCAUGCCUAAUUUGAAACAGCAGAUGGGGUUAAUCUUGAUGAGCAAGACUUACUCAUAAAAUCACUCUAAUUAGUUGGAUUCCAAGCCAAUCACUGUGUUGUGAGCGAAUAUUCAAGGUGGAAAUGUUCCACCUUUAAUUAUCAUACAUCAUUGAGCCCUUCAGCCAGUUAUGUAUGUGUGGUCACAAAGACACACAGUUACAGUCAUUUAAAUAUAUAGAUUUAAACUGACCCUAUAUUUACAUAUAUAGAUUUAAGCCUACUCUCUUCUCCACACAGUGAGCUUCCUGUUUCCCCUCUGACUGCACAGUAAGUCAUCACGUCCCAUGACCCACUGCCUGGAGUGACAACAGGAGGGCAUAGAAGCCAGUUCUGGGAGUUACUGCUAGUAUCCCUUCAUGCAGCAAUAAUGCUACACUGAGUGGAGCACUUAAACAAAGUUCCAGGUCCACUCAUAGCCUGGAUUCGAGUGAAAGUGCUAGGGAAUGGAGGGGAGAAGUAGAUUAUAUUGUCAGGAGUAGCUGACAAAUAUAUAUAUUUAUUUAUAUUUUGUUUCAAUUUUGGGCCUGCUUCUAGUGUUAAGCCAUUAUUGGCCAGGAGACCUGACAUGUCCCGUCCUUAAAUAUGUACAUUGAGCCAGGAGAUAGCCAGCAUCUCUUGGACCUGUUUACCUGUUGGCCUGAAAUCCUAUGGCCCUUUAACCAUUAGAGGGUCAGGAGACUGGGUAACUCUUGACUGUGUUAACAAUUUCAAAAAUGUAUUAUUGCAACUAUUUAUUAAACAUCAAGAGCCAGGUGGAAAAAGAGGAGAACCAUAUAGUCUAUGGGCCUAUGGAGUCCACAUAUUGUUAUGUAUUUAUUUUUAAAAUACAGACCCAAUCAGCUCUCUCAUUAUGAGAAAUCUAAUCAUCCCUCUUUAAUUACAUGCAGGGUUCUGACAUACCCCAACAUUUUAUUUUAAUAUUUUCAGUCCCAUACUGGAGAGCGGCACAUUGCAGUGCUGUAUAAAGUGGCAUUGAAAGCAUUAAUCAGAGUGAUGCCCCUCGCCUAGUGAGAUCUUAAGCUUGGUCGCACUAAAAGUAGCAUUUACACCUAAAAAGGGCUUUUUGCAGCCUGUGAAACUAAAGCACCAUUUAGUAAAUAGCAGAUGGUAUCACAGUUUCUGUGGUUUCCAAUAGAGAUCUCUCACCCAGGGUCAGAGCCUUUUACUAAUUGGCAUUUCUCAAAGUUAGACCAGUUAGUUGAUUGCAUUCUUUGUGUAACUGUGCUGCAACGCCACUUUUAACCGCAAUGGGUUUCAGCAAAUCAACAUGAUAAUAUCUAAAACAUUAAGGUAUUCAUAAUAUUAUGUAUUGAAUGAAUUAUCUCGCUACAUUUUCCUCUUCUUAGAUAUGUUGGGAAAGAGUACAAGAAGCCGAGAAGUAUACUGUACCCUUUCAGUGAUGUUGAGCGCCAAAUGACAGCGCAAUACUAUGUGAAUGAAUUCAAUAAAAGGCUAUAUGAAUUGAAUGUACCCACACAGCUAUUUUACAUCCCUUCCUAUGUACUACUGGUAAGAUUCGUGUUACUCUGUAUAAAUAGAGAGAGGCUUUUUGUGCUGGACAUCAUUAAAAGGCUUAAAAGUGACCAUUAUGCAAGCUGUAAGAAAAACAAACAUGGAACAAAUGCCAUUAAAUUCUAGUACUAUAAAGUGAUGAAAAAAAAUCCACUAACUUGCAUUUUAUUUCCUACAUUGCAUUUUACCAGAUUCCUAAAUAUUAAUGUACGCCUCUCUGUUCAGCAUUCUGUUGUACGUCUACUGCCGUGCUACUCUUGCUUUCUGGUCUGAUUUAUUUAUUUUAAUUUUUUUAUGUAUGCGCAAUACAGACCUAUUGUGUUUCAGUUUGUUAUUUAUUGAUCUAAAUGAUCUAGAUAUUUUUUUAUGUACAGUUCAAAUUUUCAGUCAUGCACCAAAAAAAAAAUAUUCCAAACUUAAGUAAUAGAAAAUCAAUUUUUAGCUUAUAUGUCGAUUUGACUUUUCUACAGUUACUUAUACAAAUAAGGCUUUUGUGGUGUUCAGCAUGUACACCGAAUUAAAAAGGCCAAAAUAUGUGGCUUCUAUCACUUUUCUCUUCAUCUUUCUUUCAGAUUUUGGAAGACAAAAAUAUUAAAGGAUGUGUAAGUGUGGAGCCGUAUGUUCUUGGAGAAUUUGUAAAAUUAUCUAAUAAUAAAGAGGUUGUCAAGACACAAUAUGAAGCAACUAAAUAUGGUUUAGCUUUUGGACAUUUUGCUUAUGAAUUUUCAGGUCACUCUGAUAUUGUGGUGGAUUUGCAAGGUAAGCGUCCAAUUAUUAUAGACCUUGUUAUGUAUAAUAAUGUUGCAAAAAUGUAUUUUGGUUAGUUAGUAGAAUAUCUCAUUGAAUUUGCGGUUGUGCUGAUAAACCAGUUCUUUCAGUUACACUGGGAAAAAUAAAUAAUUGUCUGGAGUAGAUUUUUUUUUUUAUUAUUAAUUUAAUCUCUCUCCCUUCUUUUUGGCUGUUAGUGAUUUUUGAUUACACAAUAUAUAUAUAUAUAUAUAUUUUUUUUUUUCUUUCACAGGUUGGGUAACUGGAAAUAAGAAAGGAGAAGCCCUUAUUUACCUCACUGAUCCCCAGAUCCAUUCUGUUAACAAUACCGCAGAUGGUUCAAGCACGAACAGAGAAGCAACGUGCACCAAUUUUGGAAAGAGAGGAAUAAGGUUUUUCUUUAGUAAACAACAUGCAGAGUGCAAUGAAAUUUGCCAUAGUCUUUCCUUAACAAGGCCUGAUCUAUCAAAUUUAUAA